AUGGGAGCCACAGUGCUCCUCACAGCCUGUGCAUUGCUGUUUCAUUUUGGACAAACAUAUGGAGCAGUGGUAAGUCUUACAGAGCUAACUAAACACUAGUGUGGGAGGAACGUGACUCUCUGUUCUUUUAGUGGCUACCCUUCUGUUUGUCCUGCUUUGUGAGUACUGUUUUAUAUAGAAUGUCCGUGUCACAUUAUUUAUGGGUAGGGUAGGUGUCCACGUCUGAUGUAGAUACUUACAGGCCAUAAGCGGGGAUGGUUUUAACCAUGAGCUUUGGAAAUGUGACACUAUUUUACUUCCGCUAUGUCACCAGACAUUUUUAUGCUUAAUUAUUAUUCCCAAUAGAUAUUUUUUAUAGUUUUAUGGGUUUUUUUUAAAUGCAAAUAGCUGUUUUAUUUUUUUAAAUUGAAUUUCAAAUGCCUUUCCAUAAUGGUACAUGGAGGCAUUCUGUCUCCGAAAGCGACGCACAAGCGCAUCAUUAGACCACAGAAUUUGGUACAGAAUCUCUUGUUCUUGAUAAACAUUACAAUGUAAUGAUUUACGUACCAUUGUUUGCCCUUGUGAAUGUAUCAUGCUGUAAUGUUCAUAAAUUAUGAUUUAAAAUAUAUAUAUAUAUAAAAAAAAAGAAAAAAAGAAGAGGAAAUGGAUUUAUCACAAGAAUUACUAUAAAUACUUUAGUAAAACGGAGCAAAUAUAAAUGAUCACAGCUGCUGGUGAAUAGACCAAACCCCACAAUCCCUCGUUCAUAUUUAGAUAGGAAAUGGUUUCAGGGUAACUACUGUAAUGAUCAUCAGGCAGAUGUCUCAAGAUUUCAGGUUUUUAACUCGCGUAUAUCUGGUUGUGUGCCAAGUCGCUGAUUGCCUGGUAUGGUUUGCAUGUUUUACUUCACACUGCUGUAAUGAAAAUAUAUUCCUCCUUAUAGAUUUCUCAACUUGCUGAUCCAGGUGGACUUUAUUAAAUACAUCUUUUUAUGUUGUAAUAAACAACUGAAAUCAAAAUGUAAAAUUUCACUUUAACAAAAUCAUUUCUGUUUUUAUGUUUUUGGUCUAAAAUGUGUGCUUCCAAAAUACAGUCUCCAUCAUUUACUGGUUAUUGUUUAAAUCUGAAGUGAGAUAAUCUGUAAAUAAAACAUUAUGUGUAAACUGGCGUAUUUAAUUGUCAACUUUGGAAUCAAACUAUGUUGUGUUAUAGUUGGGGGAAUAUUAAUACAACCAAUGUGAAUUUUAGAACAGAGGUCGACCCAUGAACCCAAGAUUGCAUGGAAUGUCCACAGAUGAUCACCAAAGAACUGUUGGCUUUAGGAGACCAGGUAUGAAUAAAGAUAUCUCCUUCAAAAUCUAUAUUUAUUUUUAUAAUUAUAAGAAAAAAACAUAAUGGUGAAAAAGGUCCAUUCAAUCAAUAUCUGUAAUAACAUACCUUCCAACGGGGCCAGAUUUGGUGGGACAGGACUGAAUUUAGGAUCCUGUCCCACUUCUAGAAACACCAGAAAAGUUUUCCCAAAAUGAGGAAACUCAUGUUUGCCAUGUAAGCUUGCCUCUUAUAUAAUUACUACCUCCUUGUGGCCCAUGCCUCUGUCUGGCAUCCUUACCUCCCAUUGUAAGUAUAUAAUAAUAAUUUUUUUGCUUCAAAAAUAUGCUGCCCUGGCUAUCGAGGUUUGCUCUGUAUUGGAAAAAGUAAAAGUAAAUAAAAUAUGCUACUCUGUAUGUAAAUGAGUAGGUGGUUGUACUAUACAGCAGUCUUAUGUUUGAAUUCAUGGGAUCAGCAUAAUGUAUUCAGUGCUGUUAUAAAGUGAGAUCAAGAGAACAAGACUGUUGUGCAGGGGUGUAUCUGGGUUCCAGAAACACAGGGGGCGGCAGGACCGCUUUCAUAUCCAAAGGAUCUGCACUGGGACCCAUUCCAUCACAGUCCACCCAACUGGCAUUGCUGUGUCCUUUCAUGCGUAUUACACCUCUUUCUAUAAUAUUUCGACAGAUAUGGACCCUCGACUAGCCACUCCUCAGCGGGGAAAAAUGGAAGCAUAUUUAACAUACACAUGAAGAAUAAAUAGAAUGACAAAGAAGUGGCCAUCCCGCCUAAAAACGGAAAUCAAUAUUGAAGAGCUAUAUGAAGGUAUUAAAACAUCGAAAAAAGGCAGGGUCCCAAGUGUCACGGUUGGCACCAUGCCAUUCAGACAGACAAGCGUGGCCGAUCCACAGGUGCCAAAAAGGGGAUUUGAACUCUGGACGCCUUAGUCCUGCUGUCUUGUCUCUGAGCCACAAUUCAGUUCAUGUUUCUGCCUGAUGGCCUAUCCUGCCUUGUCUGAAGCACUAGGGGGCUGAAUUUUACCCGGGGCUGCUCCUAUCAAUCUCAGCCCACCUGAGAUUGAUACCCAGUUAGCCAGGUAUAAGACACUGCCUCUCCCUGAGGGCAGUGUCUAUUCAUUGACUCUGGUUACUGUGUUUGUGUUCGGGAUCCAGUGUUCUCCAGUCGGCUCCUGACCUUGGCUUAUUCUUAUCGUGUGUCCUGACCUCUGGCAUCUUCUGACUUUGGCUUACCCUCAUUUAUCCUGACUUCUGGCACCCUCUGACUUUUGGCUUAUCCUCGACGAUUCUCCUGCUUGUGUCCUUGCCUUUAUUGUGACUUGGAGCAAUAUCCUUAUCUAGUCACCUUUGUCUGUGUUUAUUAGCAAGGGUGAGCGUAUAUAUCUCUGCAUACCAGACUCCCAACUAAGGUAAGCCCUGACACCAGGACCAGAUGGAUUUCCACUACAGUAUUACAAGAAAAGUGGAUAUUUUCUGCACCCUACUCUCUUGGCUUCAUUCAACUCUUUUUACUACUGGAAGGCAAAUUAAACAUGUAGUCUCUCACGGCACAUAUAAUGGUGCUGUCAAAAUACAGGAAGACCCAGAACACUUGCCAGCUACCGACCCAUAUCCUUACUGAAUUAUGAUAUAAAGCUGCUGGCCAAAGUACUGGCAGCUCACAUGAAAGAGGUUCUGCCAGACCAAAGCUGAUUUGUUCCCGGAAGGGAAGUGAGAGAGAACUCCAUCUGACUGCUCAACAUUUUACACCAACCCAAAACAUUGCGUUGGAGAUGCGAAAGCAAAACUGGAUCGCUAAUGCACAUUUUCUGAGAAUGUCCGGGGAUAGUCCCAUACUGGCAGAAAAUUCAUACUGCCAUGUUAAGGGUGGCAGAUGAAGGAGUGACUUUUCAUUCGUCUGUUCCUCAGCAGUUCUACUUUUCCAACCCUGAAAUACAAAAAAUUACUCUCUCGGCACAUGGUGACAAUGGCACUGAUCUGCAGAAGCUACAGGACUGGAGGUGAAAGAGAUUUGUCAGAUGGAGCAGGAGGUGGCUUCAUCUGGAGGGAGGCUUAAGAAUCACAAAGAGAUCUGGAGGACCUGGAUGUUUUACCUGAAUUCCAAUGAAUAGCUGCAGAGUUGUUCACUUUGUGGUUUACCCAGUGGUGUAUUUUACAUUUGUGCUGCCCUAGGUAUGACGAAACUUGUGCAACCCCCCCCCAUCUAAAUUUGCUACGUCCUUCCUGUCAAGGCUGUACCUCUUCCCGUUUAAGACCAACACGCAGUUUGACUGACAGACACCCACUGACACACUCACUGGCACAAACUCUCCGAUAUAUAUAUAUACAGUGACAUACACUCACUGACAAAUUCACUGACAGACACACACAAUAGACGCAAACUGAUAGACACAAGCACUCACUCACAGACAUACACUGACGUUCACACACAUUCACUAACAGACACACACUCAUUUACUAACAGACACACACUCACAGACAUACAUUGACAGACACAUACACUUACUAAUGAUACAUACAGACACACAUUCACUGACAGGCACACACAUUCACUGACAGGCACACACAUUCAGUGACAGGCACACACUGACAGACACACACACAUUCACUCACAGACACCCUGAUACUGACACACUCACACACAUUCAUUCACAGACACCCUGAUACUGACACACUCACACACAUUGUCUAAUACAAAUAAAAUGUAAUUUACGGCAUAUUCCGGCUCACGGCAUCACUUCGGUGCGCGCGAGGGAGCUGAGCAGGAAGAGCGCAAAGGACAGUGCUCCCUCGCUGCACUCUUAGCAGCUUGAACACCUCUGAGGGUCCCUAAGGUGGCCAGUUGGCCAGCUCUUGGAUCCCCCAUAAAAGAGGCUAACAUGGCAUCUGCCAGGGUGCUUGGGGGCGGCGUAUUUGCCAACCCCCCGAACGUGCCCCCCCAAAGCACUUUCAGGUGGCCUUUUUAGCCUCGUUAAAGAUACAGCACUGGGUUGUAUCUUUCUCUCCCCCACUUUCUCUUUCCCUCUCCUCCUUUUAUUUAUUUAAUUUUUUAAUUUUUUUCUCUCUUACCCUAAGGCUGAUGUUUACUAUUUCUCGUCUCCCAAUAUUCAGUUUUAUUUUUGUGAUUCCUAAACACUGCAGAUUUUGCUGAUCUGUCAUUUAUAGUGGAGUUGAGAUAUUUUUAUGCAGAACCGCUUAUUCCGUACUACUGCUAAUAAUAUAGUGGUACCUUGUUUUCACUCUAUGUGGUUGUGAUGGGAACACUAGGCAGACACAAUGGGUUGUGAGCCACAAAGGCUAGUAUAGCCAGAUUUACUAAACACAUUUGCAGACAUUUUAUAAUCCCUUUUCUUUGGAUGGUUAUCAGCUGCUCUCUAUUGAUAUUACUGGUUUUAGCCUCCUGCUCUCACAUAUCACAUCCAGUACCACAGCACGCACCCACUGGUCCUUAAGGCUUAUUUAGUAACACUUACUUUCUGCGCUUACACAACCAACAAGUAAUUAACGUGUACCUUAAAUGCCUUUUUAUAUGUUCACCUUAUGCCAUCCUUACACUUUUGUUUUUGCCCCCAUUUUUCUGGAGCUGAACUCAAAGAUCUAAGACUUUUUCUAUGUACACAAAAGGCCUAUUUAUCUCAAAUAUUGUUCACAAAUCUGUCUAAAUCUGUGCUAGUAAGCACUUCUCCUUUGCUGAGAUAAUCCAUCCACCUCACAGGUGUGGCAUAUCAGGAUGCUGAUUAGACAGAAUGAUUAUUGCACAGGUGUGCCUUAGAAUGGCCACAAUAAAAGGCCCCUCUAAAUUGUGCUGUUUUACUGUAUUGGAGGGAUCCGGGGGGGUACGAAAACCAGUCAGUAUCUGGUGUGACCACCAUUUGCCUCACGCAGUGCAACACAUCUCCUUCGCAUAGAGUUGAUCAGGUUGUUGAUUGUGGUCUGUGGAAUGUUGGUCCAAUCCUCUUCAAUGGCUGUGCGAAGUUGCUGGAUAUUGGUAACAUGGGGAAGCCUAUGGUCUAUGAGACUAGCAGGUAAUACAUACAUAUGGGUCUCUGGUGUGAGUUAUUUGCUAAUAUAACAUAUAGAUCCCAGCCUUAUGUUUAGCACGUUAGGUUGUAGCAUCUCACCACAUGUUGAAUGCCUGCAACACUACACAAGCACUCUUCUUGACUAUCGGGACUUUACCUGUCGGGCAAAGGCUGAACGGAUAGCACUCCGCAACCAGUCAGCCGCUAGGACUGGGGCUAUAUAUGCCUUCCAACUCAUUUUUAACCAGUGGCAUUUUUCAUAUGUCUUUUCUUAUGUUUAUUCUCUGAGACCCAUAUGUAUGUAUUACCUGCUAGUCUCAUAGCCCAUAGGCUUCCCCAUGUUACCAAGUAGGGAAAAAUUAAACUACUUCCAACUCAGAAGCCAGCUACCAGCACCCAGUAGGCUAACAACAGCAUUGUUUAGCAUUUAAACUGCAGUGUGUAUUUUCAGCGUAGACUACCUCUCUUCGAAGUUAACUAAGCAGAUAAUUCCUCAUUAUGUUUUAUGUUUAUAAGUUUAAGGGCGCCCUCUUGCACCUGGGAAUAUUAAAUCGACAUCCCACCUCCUUGGUUAGAUAGGAAGGAUAAGCUUGAAUUUAGAAACAAAAGGUGCAAACGUUCUGAAGGGCCUUUCUAACCUCUCUCAGCGUGCUUAGCUUGUGUUUAGCAACCUUCCGUCGCCUAUCAUAUGUCUCACAAGCAUGAAUAUCUCGAUGUUAUAAUGAUCAGACAUGUAAUGUACUCUACCAGUUAAUAUUGUCUGAUACCAAGUACAAUGUCUCUGUUAAUCUGUAAAAUUUGCAAAGCACUACAAAAAUAAAGAAUUAAAAUACAAAAUGUAAAACAGAACGGAAACAAGUGUUAUUUCGAUUAUGGCUGUAAUGUAUCAAGGAAUUAACCUGUUAUUUUUUGUUUCUAAUGGUAAAUAGAAAUAGUAUUAGAAAUAUUAUUGACAUUAUGAAAAGAAGUCACACUCACUUAAGCAGAUUAAGUUGUAGUUGUUGAUAAAGGGUCAAUCCUAAUCAUGAAACGCAGAGUCAGAAACCCGUGAAUACUUAUAUUUUAUCAUUACAAUGUAUGUAUUGCAAACAUCACUGUGAGCGUAUAUAGUGUGUUCCUUUGUCUCUGUAUAAUUAAAUCUGUUUCUGUGUUAAAGAUGAGUUCCUGAAUGUUUUCAUUUUGGGUAUCUCAGAGGGUACCUGUCACUUCUCUGAAAUUUAUACCAUUAAAUAAAACACCGGAAAUCGCCUACAACUUGUGUUAACCUUGCUUUUAAAGUUAAAUGAAAGGAUUACUCCAACCAUCAUAACCAUUGUAGCCCGCUGUAGUGGUUAUGAUGAUUGGAGUACCCUGUAGCUGUUCCUCCAAUAAUGGUCCCUCGGAAAAACCUGCUCUUGCAGGACCUGAAAGUUUUCACAAGGGUGGCUUAAUCACAUCUGGUUUCUGCAGAAUUGUUGCUCAUUGAUUAGAGGUAAAUUUACACCACUGGCCUCAAAGUGGUUAAACCCAGUUUGUACAUAUACAUUAUGAACAGAAUGUUCACAUUCCGUACGCAUACAGACUCCAGGCUCCUCACUUAUACAUAUUUGUUCAUUAUAAGGAGAAUUAAACAUGAUAUAAAAUGAUAUUACAAAUUCUACAGUUCCCUUUAACCCCUUAAGGACCAAACUUCUGGAAUAAAAGGGAUUCAUGACAUGUCACACAUGUCAUGUGUCCUUAAGGGGUUAAGGGCGAAAGCCAAUCUUGUUGUUGAAUGUUAUUUAUGAACCGUGUGCACAAGUAUCUUAGCAUAUAGUAUUCUAUUGUUCAUGUUGAGACGGUCAUAUCAGCAGUCUAUAUUUAAUGUACCAGAUCAGGAGACCAAGCCAUAAUUUGUUCUGCCCAAUAAUGCAGUAAAGCUAAAUUUUUACGAAUAUACCUAUCUCAAAAAUGUUAACGGUUUUAUUACAGCAAGCAAAUCCGUAGAGAUACCCUUAAUUGUUUGUGAAAUAAUGUGAACAAAGCCAUCUAGACCAUUCUGCUUCUCAAGUAGUUCUCUCACAAAUUGCCUCAUAAGUUCAAAAUAUUAAAAUAACUUUUCUGACCUCUAAAAAUGCUGAAUUGCUUGUCAGGUAAAAGUGCAGAGUAAUGGAUCACAGAAUAUAAAGCUGUGUAGCUUUUUCUAGAGCACAGUCAUUUAGUUAGUUGCUAUUUUUACAUAAGUGUUCCUGAGCUGUAUAACACAUUUCAGAUUCACUAAUGCCAAAAUACACAGCAAAGUGCUGCUUUCAUGCUUAUCUUCCUUACCAGCAGUCCUUCUUACCCUUUUGGCAAUCCUUACGUUGGCUUCCGGUGGACUCUAAGAUUCCACCUAAUUAAAAAAAGAACAUUAGGCAUUGGAGCAGGAUUAACCAUAAGAUAACCUUAGGCGGCCUACUAGGGCACAUAGGCCUCAGAAUUCAUGAAUUUUCUUGGCCCUAUUCACUAUCUCUAUAUGGAGAAAUAAAAAGGAGUCCCAAAUUAGCAAUCUGCCUGAUGCUCUGUGGCAGGUUAAUCCUUCUCUGUGCAGCAUCUUAGUCUCAUGCGUUUCGCUGGGCAUGCAAUGCAUUAUGCAACUGCCUGCUGUGUAUAUAUAGAAUUUUGGCAGAAUACUCUACUUUCUGAUGAUUUUGUGAAUGGCAGUACCUUGCAUAUUUUUCUGAGUUCAGGAAUUUGAUGAGUCCUUUCUUGGAUUGCUGCACCAAACUUCAGUUCCUAAGAAUAUGCAUUAGACAUGUGCAAUUUGGUUUGGUCCGAAUUUCUGACAUUUGAACAUGCAGAUACUUCUGAAUUUCCGAAGUGCUUAAUUUCGGAAUGCCGAACCGAAUUGCCGAGAUGGUGAAUUUCGGAAGUGCCAAAGUGCUUUGGACUUCUGAAAAAUGGCAAAAUGAGUAGGGGUAGGAUUGGGGUUGGUGUAGGGUUAGGGGUAGGCUUAGGAGUAAGGGUAGGGUUAGGUUAGGAGUAGAGUUAGGGGUAGGAGUAGAGUUAGGAGUAAGGUUAGGAGUAGGGUUAGGGCUAGGGUAGAAGUAGGAUUAGGGGUAGGGUUAAGGUUGGGCUAGGGAUACUUCUACCCCUAAUCCUAACCCUACCCUAACCUUACUACUUACCCUAACUAUACCCUAAUCCUAAUCCUACCCUAACCCUACUCCUAAACCUAACUCUACCCUUACCCUACUUCUAGCCCUAACCCUAACCCUACUCCUAACCCUAGAUUUUGGGGUGGGGGGUGACAAGGGGUUUGGGAACCCUACCCUAUCCCUAACCCUACUCCUAACCCUAACCUACUCCUAACCCUACCCUAACUUAACCCUAUCCCUACUUCUAACCCUAACCCAACCCUAAACCUAUUCCUAACUCUAACCCUUCCCUAACCCUAGUCCUAACCCUAACCCUACACUUACCUGCAGUCACGAAUUUCAGAAUGCCGAACCGAAUAUUUUUCCCAUGCACAUCCCUAAUAUUCAUGCCAUUGCAACACAAUCAGGUCUUGGAUGCCCAUGAUUUUUAUUUCAUAUCUAUUGCUUAUGCGUUUUGUGGCCAGUUAAAUUUGUAUGGUCUAUGACCACUCAGGGUGACCUCUCAUAGAGGACAAGAUGGGUGAGACCAGGGUAAUGCUUGUUUUUAUAUUUGUGCUUUAUUUUAUUUUAAUCUUUAUUUUACAUUUUAUACAAAAGUAUUGGGAAAACCAUGGCCAAAAAAACCCAAACAAUAAACAAAAAAAGGACAUACACAGCAAUAGCAUCAAAUGAGCAUAAACCUUUCAUACAAAAGUGAAGUAACAUAACAAAAUGUGCUCAUGCAGGGUUAUCUGGAAUUUAUAUUGAUAGUAGUGUUACUACUUUUACAUAAAAAUGUUACACUUUAGUACAUAGACCUAUCCUUAAAGGACCACUAUAGUGCAAGGAAAACAUACUCGUGUCCCCACCCUCAGGGACCCCCUCCCGCCGGGCUCUGGGGGGAGGAAGAGGUUAAACUUACCUUUUUCUCCAGCGCCGGGAGGGGAGCUCUCCUCCUCCUCUCCUCCUCUCCUCCUCUCCUCCUCUUCGGCUGAAUGCGCAUGCGCGGCAGGAGCCGCGCGCGCAUUCAGCCAGUCCAUAGGAAAGCAUUAACAAUGCUUUCCUAUGGACGCUGGCGUUUUCUCACUGUGAAAAUCGCAGUGAGAAGCGCGGAAGCGCCUCUAGCGGCUGUCAAUGAGACAGCCACUAGAGGCUGGAUUAACCCAUUUAUAAACAUAGCAGUUUCUCUGAAACUGCUAUGUUUAUAGAAAAAAGGGUUAAACCUAGCUGGACCAGGCACCCAGGCCACCUCAUUAAACUGAAGUGGACUGGGUGCCUAUAGUGGUCCUUUAAAGAACACUUUGUGCGGCCCCUCACACUAAAGCAGUGGCGGAACUACCGUGGUCGCAACUGCGACCGGGCACCUUACUCCUGGGGGCAUGGCCACCCUGUCGAACCCUGUGACUGGUGUGCCCUCCACAUUGUUGUGCAGCCUAGGACACGCGGAACAACCGCCAGGGCCACACUGAAGGGGCCCAUCUGUAUCUGUGUGUGUGUGUCUGUAUGCAUGUGAAUGUCUGUAUGUGUGUGUGAAUAUUUGUGUAUCUGCGUGUCUGUCUGUAUGUGUAUCUGUUUAUCUGCAUGUGUCUGAAUGUAUAUCUCUUUGUCUGUAUGUAUAUCUCUUUGACUGUGUGUGAAUCUGUAUGUCUGCAUGUGUGUCUGUUUGUCUGCAUGUGUAUCAGUCUGUGCCCCUAUGCAUCUGUAUGUGUGUCACAGUUUCUAUCUGUAUGCGUGUCAUUCUGUGUAUCUGAAUGUUUGUUCUUAAAUGUGUCUGUGUAUAUGCAUGCGUGGCAAUAUGUGUAUCUAUCUGUGUGUCUGUAUGUGUAUCUGUCUGCAUAUGUGUCUGUAUGUGUAUCUGCGUAUGUGUAUAUGUAUGUCUGAAUGUGUGUCUAUUAUUCUGCAUGUGUCUGUAUGUGUAUCUGUUUGUCUGCAUGUGUGUCAGUGUGUGCCCCUAUGUAUCUGUAUGUGUGUCACUGUUGGUAUCUGUCUGCGUGCCAUUCUAUGUCUGUGUUUGUAUCUGUAGAAGUGUGUAUCUGAAUGUGUGUAAUUCUGUGUGUCUGUAUCUGUAUGUGUUAUAUUAUAUAAAUAGAGGGGCAGGGGGUGGGGCACAAGGGAAGGGCAAUUAUCGCACCGGGGCCAUGUGGUUUCUAGCAACGUCUCUGCACUAAAAGGGCAUAUUUGGCAGGCAGAGGCGGCUUUGGCCUUUAUUAUGCCUUAGGCGAAACUCAAACAUAAGGCCCCACUAACACCCAAAGUAAAAAAUAAUAGGGUUAUAUUUCAUGUGACAGGGUUAGAGGCAUUAAUGUGACAGGAUACGUGUGGCAGGGUUGGGGGGAGAGUGUGUCAGAGUGAGAGAAGAUGAGUGUGACAGAAUUAGGGUGAGUGUGGCAGAGCGAGAGCAGGUGAGUUUGGAGGGGGUGAGAUUAACAAGAUUAAGAGUGAUUAAUGUUUUAAAGAAUGUAUUAAAGAUUUUUUUUAAAAGAGUGAUUAAUGUUAGUAUGGAUGCGUAAGGGGCUGAAAGUGUUUGUGGGGGGUGACAGUGUAAAGGGGAGGCUGACAGUGUGUGGGGAUGCUGACUGUGUGAGUAUGAUGACACUUCAUUGUGGGGGUGACAGUGUGUGGGGGGGCAUGACAGUAUGUGAGAAGUAAUCACAGUGUGAAUGAGGGAAGGUGACAGGUUUGUGUGAGGGGGUGACAGGUUUGUUUGAGGGGGGUGACACUGUAAGAGAAGAGGGUUGAUAGUGUGUGGGACAGUGAUGUGAUACUGUCAGGGGUAGAAUAUUGAGAGGGAAGGGGUAAUACCGUGUGGGCGAUACUGGGAGGGAGGGGUGUGAUGGUGUGAGGGGGGGUGAUGGUGUGAGUGGGGAAUAUUGUGAGGCAGGGGGCCACUGUGGGGGGAUACUGGGAGUGAGAGGGUAAUACUGUGAGGGGGGAUCCUGGGAGGGAGGGGGGUAAUACUAUGAGGGGGGAUACUGGCAGGGAGAGGGGUAAUACUGGGAGGGGGGAUAAUGGGAGGGAGUCUUUUUUUUGUUUGGUGGGUAAUUGGACUCAUAGCAACACUCUGAUUGGUUGCUUUCAAUCAACCACUCACAGUGUUAUUUGUCAAAUUACACAGCAUGGGAAAAAUAACUUUCCCACGCUGUGUAAAAUGGCACAGUGCACUCUGAUUGGUUGGAUUUCAAGCCAACCAAUCAAAGUGCUGUGACAGGUAAAUGUAGAGACUUACCUGUCAGACUUUUCAUUUAACUGGCAGAGCACUAUGAUUGGUUGGCUUGGAAUGAACCAAUCAGAGUGCCCUAAGCCAAAUUGCAGGGCGUGGGAAGGCUUUAUAAGCCUUUCCCUGCCCAGUGGAGCUCAGUCUGCGUGGUGUCCUCCACGAGUUAAGAUGGAUUACUUUUUUAGCGUUGGGUUUGAUGGGUAUUAUGGAUUUUUAUUUGGCUUUUUUGGGGCUGAAAAAAGAUUUUAUAAAAAAAGAAGACAUCAAAUGGUAAGUUAUUUUUAUUUACAAAGAUUUUGUUUUAUUGUUCCCCCCUUACUAUUUUUAGGGUGAGGGGGGUAGGUAGGUCUUUAUUAGAAGAUUUUGGGGUGGGGGGUGACUAGGGGUAUGGGAACCUCUAGUCACCUGGGGGAAGUAUUUACACUUAGCCCGCACCUGUUGCACAUGGGUGGCGGCAGAACAAUAGGUCCCCCCCCCUUAUUGUAAUUUAGGGCUCCCACCCACAGCUCAGUGGUGGGGACUGGGGGGAGGACAAUAGGCCCCCUAAUUGUUAUUAAGGCCCCCACCCACCGUUCAGGGGUGGAGGCCGGCGGAUGACACUAGGUCCACCGCCCAUUUUAAUUUAGGGCUCAUGGGUGGAGGCUGGUAGGAAAGACAAUACGUCCCCCCCUUAUUGUUAUUUAGUGCCUCCACCUGCCGCUCAGGGGUAGGGGCCAGGGGAGGACACUAGGUGCAACCCCCAUUUUAAUUUAAGGCCCCCACCUGCCGCUCAAUGGUGGGGGCCGGAUCAGGACAAUAAGUCCCCCCCUUAUUGUUAUUUAGGGCCCCCAUCCCCUGCUCAGCUGGCAACUAGACCCACCCCCUCUAUUUUUUUUUAGGGCCCCCAAUCGUGGCUCAUGGGUGGGGGCUGGGGGCUGGGGGAGGACAAUAGAUCCCCCCCUUAUUGUAAUUUAGAGCCCCCACCCUUAUUCUAAACAGUGAAUUGUGGUGGAUUGAAAACCCAUCUGUAAAAUGGAGGCCAACAUAGCUAAUCUGGCAGUAUGUUUUAACUUGGCUGUAGUCACAAAAUGGCUAUUUAAAUUAGAUUUUGUAAUUCCAUUUUAAAUUCAGCAUAAUUAAUUAUUUAGUAAUUAAACCCUUUAUACUUUUUAUUUGCUAAGAACAAUUAUUGACAUGCAUUCCGGUAAUAUAUAUUUUAUAACAGCUAUUUUAUAUGUUGGGACAUUUGGCUAUAAUGGUUCCUUUUUGUUUUAUUUAGUUUUAACCCAGGAUGGAAAAGAGUGCAAAUUUCCUUUUCGUCGUGCUGGACGUCUGUAUUACUCGUGUAUAGCUGAAUCUUCUUCCACUAGGACUUGGUGAGUACUCAAUUUAGCUGGGAUAGAGUUAGGAAGUUUGUGCUACAUGUUUUUGAUAUUCCAUUUUUGGAGAAAAGCAUUAAAUAACAAAUCUAUUUAAAAAUAUUGGGGCAAACUCAAAGUGUAAUACUUCAUUUGUCAGCAGGGCCGGCCUUAGGUCUUUAGGCGCCCUGCGCGAAACAUCUUCGCAGUGCCACCCCCUCCCCUGUCAUCCAUGUAUAGUGUGUGUAUAGAAGGGUAGUGAUUGUAUAGGGGAUUUAUUAAAUUAAAAAUGAUUUAAAAAUAAAUAUUCAUUACACACAUAUACACACACAGAGUUACAGGCAGACAGUCACAUACACACACAAACACACAUAGUUACAGGCAGACAAUUACAAACACACACAGGUACAGAUGGACAGUCACGUACAUACAGCCACAUAUACAGUGUCACACAUACACCGUUACAUGCAGACAGCCACACACACACACACACAGGCAGACUGCCACACACACACAGACAGACGGCCACACAGACACAGACAGGCAGAGAGCCACUCACACAAGCAGAGAGCCACACACACACAGGCAGACAGACGCACACAGGCAGACAGUCACACACACAGGCAGACAGUCACACACACAAACACACACACACAGGCAGACAGUCACACACACACACAGAGGAAGACAAACGCGCACACACACACGCACAGGCAGACAGUCACACACACACACAGAAAGGCAGACAGACAGUCACACACACACAGGCAGACAUACAUUCACACACACACUCAAAUGCAGACAGUCACACACACAAAGGCAGACAGUCACACACACACACGCACACACACAUACACAGGCAGACAGUCACACACACACACAGACACAGGCAGACAGUCACACACAGGCAGACAAUCACACAUAGUUACCUCUAUUUAUUAUGGAUGUGGAAGUAGUGCAGCUCUUGAAUUCUGUUUUUUGGGGAAGCAGGGACUCCUUCCUGCUUCCCAUGCAGCAAUUGCCCAGUACUUCUAGCCCUGCCUCUGCCACACGAUAAGCCCCGCCCUGCUGCACGCUAAGACCCGCCCCCGCACUGUUUUGGUUUGUUUAUUUUUUAAUCCCGGGUGGAGAAUAAUGAAAUCCUCCACCCGGGAAGCCGGCAAUGUGUAAGCUGUGUCGGCCGCAGGGCGCCCCCUGCUUCAUGGCGCCCUGCUCGCACACCCUGUGUGGCCGCACAGCUCACACACCCUGUUUGUCAGCAGCUAUUAGGCCAACACAAACUACUUUUAUUGUGUCCAAUCAUUGGGUUUUUAUGCGGUUCUUUUUGUGUUUUGUUUUUGUUGUUGUUUUUUUCAGUUUAUUGGAUGUCCAUUUCCAAGGGAAGAAUUUAAAAAAAUAUAUAUAUUAGAUAAGACAUGUAUAUAAGAAGUACAUUCAAAUUUAUAUAUCAAAUCAUAGACACAACAAUAAAGAAUAAAUCCAAAAUGUAAAGGACCACUAUAGUGCCAGGAAAACAUACUCAUUUUCCUGGCACUAUAGUGCCCUGAGGGUGCCUCCACCCUCAGGGUCCCCCUCCCGCCGGGCUCUGGGGAGAGAAAAGGGGUUAAUCUUACCUUUAUUCCAGCACCGGGCGGGGAGCUCUCCUCCUCCUCCCCGCCUCCUCUCCUCCUCUUCGACUGAAUGCGCACGCGCGGCAGGAGCUGCGCGCGCAUUCAGCCGGUCUCAUAGAAAAGCAUUCACAAUGCUUUCCUAUGGACGCUUGCGUCUUCUCACUGUGAUUUUCACAGUGAGAAGCACGCAAACGCCUCUAGCGGCUGUCAAUGAGACAGCCACUAGAAGCUUUAGAGGCUGGAUUAACCUAUUUAUAAACAUAGCAGUUUCUCUGAAACUGCUAUGUUUAAAAAAAAAAAAGGGGGUUAAUCCUAGAGGGACCUGGCACCCAGACCACUUCAUUAAGCUGAAGUGGUCUGGGUCCCUAGAGUGGUCCUUUAAUGAUAAUGCUGGAUGAUGAGUAAAUAUAUAUAAAAUUUUUCAUUACAGCUAGAAUGACCAAAUGGUUAGUCUGCAUCUGUAGCAGGACUACAGACCUUUGAUGUCCAGUAAGCCUUAAAAGGACACCCUAAACACCUGCGCAGAGAUUUUGGUGAAAAGACACUCUUUCUUUUUAGACAAAUUAGUUUUUACAUUGCUUUCUAGAGGCAAAAUAUUUGCAGAACUGAAAUUUGAAGGCCUCAUGCUCUGCAUUAAAGGAACACUAUAGUCACCUAAAUUAUUUUAGCUAAAUAAAGCAGUUUUAGUGUAUAGAUCAUUCCCCUGCAAUUUCACUGCUCAGUUCACUGUCAUUUAGGAGUUAAAUCACUUUGUUUCUGUUUAUGCAGCCCUAGCCACACCUCCCCUGGCUAUGACUGACAGAGCCUGCAUGAAAAAAAAAAAAACUGGUUUCACUUUCAAACAGAUGUAAUUUACCUUAAAUAAUUGUAUCUCAAUCUUUAAUUGAUUUAACUUAUUAAUUUAAUUGAACUUUAAUCACAUACAGGAGGCUCUUGCAGGGUCUAGCAAGCUAUUAACAUAGCAGGGGAUAAGAAAAUCUUAAUUAAACAGAACUUGCAAUAAAGAAAGCCUAAAUAGGGCUCUCUUUACAGGAAGUGUUUAUGGAAGGCAGUGCAAGUCACAUGCAGGGAGGUGUGACUAGGGUUCAUAAACAAAGGGAUUUAACUCCUAAAUGGCAGAGGAUUGAGCAGUGAGGCUGCAGGGGCAUGUUAUAUACACCAAAACUGCUUCAUUAAGCUAAAGUUGUUCAGGUUAACAGUUAAAAUGGGGAGUUGAGAUAAGAGGUGGCAGGGGGAGUUUGGGGGUGGUGGCCAGAGAGAAUUAAAGAAUAAUGGCAGGCAUUGAUAAAUGGAGAAACAUAAUGUAAAGUAAGAAGGAACGAAAGCGGGCAGGAAGAAGGUUAGGGAGGUGGGUAGUCUCUUAUUUUUAAUAUUUUUUUUCGGAUGGGUAGAUGGAUGCAAGGCCUCUGGUGCUUUGACUUCCCCUUUAAUACAGUAUGACUACAGGAAGAGUUUGUAGAAGCAAUGGGUCACAUUUGCAAGCAGGUCCAGAUUAAGGUUGUCCACCCCUGGGCUCUGUUUCUGUGAGAGGUGUGUGUGUGUGUUGACUGAGUGAGAGUGUGUGCAGUGAUUGAGCAUUGUCUGUUCUGCCUUGGUCACCUACUGGGUAAUCUGUGCUAUGUUUGGGAAUACAAACAUAACAUUUACAGAAAUUGAGGAGAACUUUAUAUUGCAUAAAACAUUAUAAAGUUUUGUUACUACAAGAGAUGUUCGUUUCCAGACUAACUCCAGUAUUUGUGAAAUUAACCUGAGGACUUUAAGAUGUUAAUAUGUCCACUAACUUGUACUGGCAUUAUUGCUUAACACCUCUUCAUCCUGACAAAUGGUUCAGGGGACUAUCCGACCCCCUGCAGGAGGAGAAAUUUAAAGACUGCAUUCUAGAAAAAGAAGGUGUUUUAGAACAUGAUACUGAGAUUAAUGCAUGUCAAGGGGGAGAAGACAGAUAUAUAGAGCUAUGCAAGAGGAUAAUAUUAAAUCUGAGAAUGAGUGAAGCAUAGAACAAAGGAAGAGUUGGUGGGGAUUUUUUACAAUUACGAUCAAGAAUUUAUUACCACUUGCAAGGAACCCUGAAUUUAUUACCACUUGCAGUUGUUCAUUUGAUUAUUAACCUCCUAACUACCUCAUUAUUUAAAAAAAAUAUAUACUAUAUCACACUGCCAACAGGAAAGAUUAUUUACGUGUAGGUACAGGAUUACUGUAGGUUUGACUCCAGAAAAGGCUCGAAUACAAAUAAUGAACAAACGCGCACUCGGUAUAGUACAUUUAAAAAUUUACAUUUUUGGGAUAUUGGUUUAAAUGUUGAAAAAACGUUUCCUUUGGUUUAUAAAGUCCUUUUAGGUGGUUUGAAUUUGCUAAGCUUUUGAUAAUUCUGUUAAUGUAUCGAUAACUCUUUUUCAGAAAAAUUGUGAUGGCUUAAACUUGAUUAUUUCACGUAAGAUAUGGGUUCCUUUCUAGUGAAUCAAUCAUGGUAGAAAAAACAUAGUGAAACUGUGAUUGAAAGAGUCAAACUGUGAUUGGUUUGCAUCGUUUACAGCUUUAAAUGUGUCAAUAAUUAACAAUAGAGUGUAAUUUGUAUUUAUUUGUUAAUUCUUUGAAAUAAUGUUUAUCACAGGAUUGGCUGGACGCAGUGGUUCUCAAGCCAGUCCUCAUGGCCCACCAACAGUCCAGGAUUUAUGUAUUCCCCGUUUUAUCCCAAUGGAGAUACUAACAAAACCUGGACUGUUGGUGGGUCUUGAGAACCACUGGGCUAGAGGAAGAUAGGCGAGAUUAUUUGGUAUAUAUUGUAAUGCUAUACUUUCAACACUGCCUACAGGAAUUGUAAAAAAAUGUGCUGGCAUUUUGUGGAAUACAGAUUCUAUAAACGCAACUGAAUAUAAACAUUUAAUUUGGUUGGCAUUGUGCCCAUAUACAAACUCAGUAAAUACAACUGUUUAAUUAAAACCUCAAAUUAUAAAAACGCAUUCCAAGACGACUUGAGUGUAUGUCCUAAUAUAAUACCAAAGCUUUCACUAUCCCCUUCUUUCAUCCUAUCUGUUAUUGUGCAGCUCUCUGUAUUUUGACAGAUAAAAUUCAUUGUCUUUUCUUAGUAUAUUUUGAGCCCUGACCAGUCCCUUUGGCUGGAUACCCAAACCCAUCGUAUACAGGUGCCCCAUACUAGGUGUUCUGUGAAGCACAUGCAUUUUAGGAGAGCAUUUUUGAGUUAAGUUAGUAAUGCAGCUGUAAUAUUUAUCUCCCAUGUUCAGCAUCCACUACAAACAUCGUAUAGCCCCAAUCCCCCCUAUGCACACAAUACAGCCCCUAUCCUUACACACAGUACAGCCCCCACUACCCCUCCACAUUACAGCCCCUAUCCCUCACAGAUACAGUACAGCCCCCACGCCCCAGAAACAGUGCAGCCCCUUUCCCUCCCACAUUACAGAACUUUUUUUUUUAAUUACAGACCCUAUUCCCCCCACAUCAUAGCCAGUAUUUCUCUCACAUAGUAUAGCCCAUCUCUUCCCAUACAAUAGAGUCCCUAAAAAUACACACACACACACACACACACACACACACACACACACACACUACAUUCCUUAUCUCCUCUACACAUACUGUAUAAUCCCUAUGCACAAAUAUACUACACCAUUCCCCACACCACCCGCACAAACGACUGCCCUAUCCAGAAACACACUGGACUGCAAACAGCCUCAUCCACACACACAACCCCACAUGAUUAUAGCACCACAGGUAGCCUACCCUACACACAUUAACACCACAAUUAACACACACACACACUCUGACCUCUUUUAACCCUGUCCCUCUUGUUUUCUCUGGUUUGUGUCCCACUUAUGGGGAAACCAGAGACAAUUCGCCAGCAGGGACCAACAAACACAGAAUAAGUGUAUCAUUAGAAUCGCUUGGACUGCGUUAAACACAGGGCAUGUUUGCCCAUGUGAGAGCUCUUCCACAUGGCUUUGAAUAUCGGCUGCCCUGGAAAGGAAUUGACCGACAUGCUAACUUUGGGGUGAAUGCAUGCAAUGCUGACACAACAUCCAUAUCGGGCUGCUCUGCCUUAUAAUGCCCUGGCUGAAUUUUUGUCCCAGGUUGGCUUUGAUGACAGCAACCAGAAGCAUGUUAACCCUGCAAUGAAAAAAAUGCAGUUCUUGCAGAAUGGAAAUGCUGUCAGCUGCAAGGUUAAAACAGGGGGGCAGAUGGCACCCAGACCUCUUGAUUGAGAUCAAGUGGUCUGGGUGCCUAUAGUGUCCCUUUAAGAAUUCUAAAUAACAUAUUUUAGAGACGUACCUAAUUUGGCAAGGCUGUUUCAUGGCCCUGUCUUUUCUUUUAGCCCCUUCCACUAUGCCAUCAUCACCCUGCCCAUGUUUUUGUGGAUUUCUUAUACCAAAACAUUCUACAAGUUAUUAACCCACCUUUUGCCUUGUUUCUUAGUGUGCCAUUCUGCUAACCAUGGAUUAGAGUUCAUGAUUGUGAAAAAGGAGGCAUGUUCUGGAAAUAAAGAAAAUUGAAGAUAUAUUCAGUUCAAUCCUUUUUAACAUAUUUUACUCAAUAAUGAUGUGCCUAUAUCCCCUUUUAGGUGUGCAACUACUCAUAACUAUGAUCGAGACAAAGAACGAGGCUACUGUUUGCCCAGUUAUGUAAAAGGUGAGUGAUGGAUUCUCUACUGUAAAAACAAGAUUACCAGAAUAUUUAGCUCCCUUUAACUAGAGAAGAUCAUGCAAAAUGCAUGCCACAAGGCUCAAUGCAUAAUGUAUUAGUUGAAUAGUAUAUUGUUUGGUGAACAUGCAGCCUGACAACCUCCGGAUCUUGUCUUAUUAUGGCAUUUGUAUAUUUUAUACAAUAGUCACAAAGACGUGUAUAUUGACAUGACUAGCUGGUAAAGAAGGGUUCAUAUACAGUGCCUGCUUUGUAGGGGGGAGAUGGGCUGUAGGAAUGAGCAAAGAAUAGAUUUACAGCGGUAUGGAUUUCCUAUUAGUUGACGCAGCAGCCAUGUAGUUUGGCAUUAGAAAAACAUAUAGUUGUCUUAGGGGCAUACACAAUAACAUAAUAUGGGAUCAAUACAAUACAAAUCACUUUAAACAGCACUGAUUGCCAAACAAAGACUUAGGAAAAGUUUCCCCGGAAACGUAAAAGUCAAAUAUUCCAUACAUGCACAGCAAUAACAUUAAAAACAGGACGCAUAUUAGACACAAUUUUUUUUAUAAAGGAUACUGUUUUUAUGCUAAACAGAGUUAUUAUUAUUUAUAUAAAGCCAACAUAUUCUGCAGUGCUUUGUAGUUAGAGAAAGGCCUUGCCCAAACAAACUAACAACCUAUUGUAGGCAGAUAUAUUUGGUUAGGUGCACUGGCGUACAUACCGCGGUCACAGGGGUCGCAGCUGCGUCCGGGCCUGACUGCCCUGCGACCCGGGUAUGUACGCCAGGGGAGUCAUGGCUGCAUUUUGCCAGCCUCUUAUCCUGGGGGGCCCAGGAGCUGGCCACCUCAGGGCCCCCCGAGGCUGGCAGUGUCGUCACUUUGCGGGCGGGUGGGCGGGCAUGCAAGGGAGCAUUCUCCACUGAGCUCUCUCUGACCAGCUCCCACCUGCGCAAAGCAGUGAUACCGGAGCCGGAAUAUAACGUCACUCCGGCUCCGGCAUCAGUAAGCGGCGCACGAGGGAGCUGAACAGGAUGAUCAGUGCUCCCUCGCCACCUGCAGAACCGGCCGCCCAGCAACCCAUUAGCCCAGCAGCCCCACUGGACCCCAGGGAAAGCUGGAAUCCCCUCAGAACUCCCAAAGGUAGGGAGGCUGGGGGAUUAAAUAAAAAAAAAUGUGUGUGUGUGUGUCAUGGGUGUGUUACUGUGUAUGUGUCUGUUACUGAGUGUGUUAGUUUGUGUGUGUCUGUUAGUGUGUGUCUGCUAAUGAGUGUCAGUGAGUGUGUUAGUUUUUGUGUGUCUGUUAGUGUGUGUCUGUUAUUGGUCUGUAUGUGUAUCUCUUGGUCUGCAUGGGUAUCUGUUUGUCUGUAUGUGUAUCUGAAUGUUUGUCAUUAAAGGACCACUAUAGUGCCAGGAAAACAAACUCGUUUUCCUGGCACUAUAUAGUCCUUAGGUCCACCCCACCCUUGUGGUUCCCCUCCCGCUGGGCUGAAGGGCUUAAAACCCCUUCAACACUUACUUUUCUAGCGCCGGGCUCCCUUGGUGCUGGCGAUCUUUCUGCCCCUAUCCGCCUCUCAGAUCCAAAUGCGCAUGCGCAGCAUUACUCAAUGCUUUCCUAUGGACGUCCAGUGUCUUCUCACUGUGAUUUUCACAGUGAGAAUAGUGGAAGCAACUCUAGCAGCUGUCAGUGAGACAGCCACUAGAGGCUGGAUUAACCCUCAGUGAAACAUAGCAGUUUCUCUAAAAAUGCUAUGUUUUCAGCUGCAGGUUAAAACUAGAGGGACCUGGCACCCAGACCACUUCAUUGAGCUGAAGUGGUCUGUGUUCCUAUAGUGGUCCUGUAAGUGUAUGUGUAUCUGCAUGCACUGGCGUACCUACCAUGGUCGCAGGGGUCGCAGCCCUGUGACCCCUGCGGCAAUGUGCCCGCCGCCAUGUGUUGCGGCCCUGGCCCUCGCAGUGUAAAUGCCGGGGGGGCCCACAGAUCAGUUUUCGCACCGGGGCACCAUGGAUCGUGUACGCCACUGGUUAGGUGUCUUGCCCAAAGAUUUGAAUUUGAGUUUCCAGUUCUAAGAUAGCGAAGUUACCAAUACUGUAACCAGCCAUCCAUUAAUAUGGUAACAUUCCAUCUCUGGAACGUAAGAGACAGUAUCAGAGGUUUACAGACUCCUGAUGGUUAUAACACCUUCCUUUCUGUUUAAAUGCAACCUCUUCCUUGACAUUUGAAUAACUUUAUUAGCAUCAGUAACAGAUAUUAAGUCAAGUCAAUAAGGAAAUCUGACUGAAACUAAUUUAUGUUCAGCAGGCACAAUUUUUGAGGAUUUAAAACUAGUUGAAGUCUAUUUUACAGCGUUUCCUAGGGCGUAAAAAAAUAAUCUAAAUCAAGGGAACCUUGCCUCUAAAUGUGUAUAUAACAUCAAGCCAAAGACCCUUUUUGUUACAAUGAGGCUAUUAUACUUCAAUGGCUUCUCUCCAAACUUGCUGCCAUUAUGAGGUGCUAAACUACUUUUCAUUUGUGCAUUUAAUAUCAGUGUGGGCUCAGACCAGAAGUAGCGAGCAUUGCAUGGAUGGCUGUCAUCCUUUAAGUUAGUGACUAUUUUCUAACUCCUCCUGCAUAAAACCUGCAGCAAUAUUUAACUGUUUGUUUGUUUUGGAAAGAGGCCAUGAUUGGCACGGAUGAAGCCUAGACUGGAAUUUCCUGGUGGGCCAAAAAGUGUUGAACAAUGAAGGGGCAUCUGGAAACCUCGAUUGAACUGAUAUUGUCCUCUUCAAUAACGUCGUAUAACAUGGCCUGGAAAUUGGUGCAGAGUGCCGAUGUGUAACGGUCGGCUUUAUGCUGCUCACAAACUCUUUACUCUGUUUAGUUUUACAAAACCUUAAUAGAAUAGAGCCAAUGAUCGUUUGCGAAAAGAAAAGAAAAUGUGAAAUUGCCACGGAAGGUUCUUAAUGAUUUAGGCAUUAACACUGCUAAAGCUCGUUAAAACUAAUUUCUUUGAAUUUCCUCAAAGGGGAUCAGUCAUCCAGAACUUGUGUAAUAAUUAUUUUACAUGAGUCUAUAAAAAAGUGGUUUCAGAUAGAAUAAAUGACUGGUUUUGGUCUAAUGUGUUAAUUAAAAUAAAAAUUGUCUGCAUGGUAGAAAACGUAGUAACAUAGUUAGUAGUAACAUAACAAAGAUACAUUUUAGUAUAUUCAAUUAUUUCAAAGGUGUAGAAAAGUUAUGAUUGUUCCGUAAGCGUUACUGUGAUCUACCAAUCUGUGCUAUAGUCAACUACACUGUUAGGUAGUCAUACAAGUAGUACUUAUGUCUAGCAUACUAUGCUGUGUUCAUGAAAGUUAUGCUAGAGUAUUCUAAGCUUUGCUACAGUUGAGCAAGCUGUGCUAUGGUUUCACAAGCCGUGCAAUGGUCUAGCAAGUCAUGCUAUAUGGUCAAGCACGUUGUGUUGGUCAGUCUGGAGAAUUAAAGGUGCCUUAGCAUAUUUAAACGUGUACCAGCAGCCAUGAAUUAGUCUACAUAACUCUUACACUACACACUAAACACAGCAGUUAAUUUACUAAUUUUAUUUUUGAUAUUUUUCUAUGAUAUGUUAAUAUCUAAUUCAUAAGACAUUUACAUUUACAAAAAAAAAAACCUUUUGUAAUACAGUCUUACACUCUUGUUUAACUCAAUUCUUUAGGAAAGUAUAUCAAUUAAAUUGAGUGAUCUGACAUAAAAUACCCUUGACUAGCUCUCAACAAAGUAACUCUUUCAGUGCCUAGGUAUGCAUAGGCAGGGUUAGUUAUUGAGAUACGUUACACUGUGAGUAUUUGUAUUUUUUAGACACCGAAAGCUAACCUGUACAGUUUGAGGCAGUUAAUCAAGUAAUUUUUUUUUCUGGUAGCUGUAGCAUGCCCCAUAGAGAUUGUUCAUUAAUUUGAUGGUUUUUCUUUUAUGAGACGUCUUUGUUUUUAGUUUAGCUUCUGAGGAGGAAUUGGAUCAUUAAACAGCCACUAAAAUUUUGUUUUGGGCUCUUUUAUCGGAGAGAAUUGUGUGAGACCUGCAGAGCUAUAUCCUGGUAUAGAAUACUGAUCCUUUUACUGCUGUGAAGAUGAUUUUAGAAAAGUUUCUGUGCAGAUGAAUGUUCUGUCAUAACUUAGAAGUGUAUGCAUGUCAGGCAUCUAGUUAUCAGCUCCCCUGGACCAUUUGUUAGUUCAAUAUUGCUGCUUCUGUCAGCUCAGGAGCUUGGAACUGUAUGUAAGAUGAUUAAAGAAAACUUCCCAAACACAAAUAAAAAACUUUCUCACUCUCUGAUUUCUGACUGCUAAAAUAAUUUUUUAAAAAAUGAAUUGUAAGUAAAAUAUAUUAUGCUAAAAUUAUUAUUUUUUUAUUUUAAACCAGUAACAGAUACUCAGAUCUCAAGUUAUUUUUUUGCAGAUAUGUUUUCUUUGCCGUAUUAUGUCAUUUAUAUUCAUUUAUAUUAAUGUUCGGCUCAUAUACCAAAUGGAUACUAAAACUGUGAGAGUAAACAAUGACAAGUCAUCAUUAAUUAUUCUGUAAUAAUUGAAUCACGUGUGUUUCUAAAUGCUUUUUGGUAACAUUCUAUAGACAGUGGCCAAGUUAAAUGUUCUUAAAUGUUUCUAUAUCGCGAAACAUUAACAAUGCUGUAUUUUUUGUGUUUUUUUAAAAGUUUGGGCACGUGAACCAUGGGAAAUGCCCAGGUCUUCAAUUCACAGGGGCAGGAGAUUUAGCUACAGCAUGUUAGUUUAAUUAUAUUUAUAUAGACUCAUGCAUCACUCUGUCAACACUAAAUCCCUCUCAGAAACGGACUAAACUAAAUGGUUUAAGAGAAUAACUCUGGCAAAUAUCAAUCUUUUUUGCGUAGCAAGUCAGGUUACUUAAAUUACUAAUUUGUUUUUCUAAAACGAGGUUACUAUGGUGAGGGUAAUAUGUUUUCACUGAUAAUGAUCAAAGCAAAGAAAUCACUAGAAUUGUGCACGGUGAUUAAAUUUCGUUUGGCCGAAUAAUUUUUUUCCCAAAAAUACAAAUAUUUUCGGGACGGCCGUAUUUUGGCCAUAUGUUCGGCUUGGCACAAUUUCGAUAAUGAGAAACUGGUUCAGGAAAGGAGUCAGAUGAACCAAAAGGAAGCGAAAAUAAGCCAAUCAGUGUAUUGCUAAAUAUAAUCUAAAUAUGAAGUAUGUAUCUGCUGUGUACUGAUAGGGACAUUUUCCAAUUAUUUGGUUCACAGAUCAAAAAAAUUAACCAACAGAGGAAACAACAGAAGGAGAAGUGAAAAAAAAAAUUAUAUUUAUAUAUUGUAUAUUUAUUGAAAUAUAUAAUAUAGGGGGGCAUGUCCUGACCACGGAGCAAGAUGGCCACUUCAGCUCUGAGCUCCGCAACACGAGCCAGGCAAUCCGAUCCAAUCCGGCACUCAACUGGGACAGAUAGCCACACUUGCCGCCAUGCCGCACUUCAAGACACGGAGACACACCGACAAGGGUGAUAAAAUAAUUUUUUUCACCCAAAAAAGACCGCCAGCCUCGCAACACGCAGACCCAGGCCUUCAAGAUGGCGCCGGGUAUUCCGGCGGGAGCAGCCCCUGCUCCGAUCUAGACACGCAGACAGAAGUGGGGCUUACAGCCUCGCUCCUACAGGCAGCCAUGGACAAACAAUCCACUAAACUGAUAGCCACCUGGCAGGAAAGUGUGGCCGAGAUCAAGGGAGACCUACACAAUCUAGGGUCGCGAACGGGGUACGUGGCUUCUUCAAGGCCUUACUAUCGGACAUCCCGGUCGACAUGUUGCUGCUGGACCGUCUACACAGGGUCCCAAAGCCCAAACACAUUGCUGCCUCAUUACCUAGGGACACUCUACUCAAGGCUCAUUAUUUUCAUGUGAAGGAGCUGAUCCUCUGCAGUAGCCGCACAGCGAAGGACUUACCACCAGAAUUCUUACCACCAGAGUUUUCGCGGAAAUCUCGGCUGCCACACUGCGACACAGGAAGGCAUUCCAAAAAGUCACUGAGGUCCUCAGAGAGCACCGUAUUCCUUAUUGCUGGGGAUUCCCUAUCCGCCUGCUUGUCAUGCGCAAUGGCGCCACCACAUUGCUCCUGUCGGUAGAAGAGGGGUUAAACCUACUGCAACGAUGGAAUCCGUGCCCAGCUGAGAGUACAGCAGACACACCAUCUCCCAAACGCCUUGAAAGGGACUGGUCCCAAGUUUGAGUGCUGUCCGCAAGUUUUCCAUGUGCACUACCUACACGCACGCCGAGUGAGGCUUCUGCCCCACACAAUGCAUUAAGCUUCUGUUGUAUACUUACUAUGUUGAUAUUUUUUGUUUCUAAUGUGUGCCAUACGUUAACAGUGCAGUGCGGCAGUUAAAUUGUUGUCGAUGUAUUACGUGUACACACUAUGUCCCCCACCUACAGUGUAACCGCAAUGCCAAUUUUAUGCUGGCUCAGGCCUUCUACCUAACACCAUCUUUGCCUCCACCCCCCCACACGUACAGCUCGCCUGUACCUUGUACCUAUUGAGGUCUGUACUGUAUAUACUUAUGUUGAUUUUGUUCCCCUGGUUUUUAUUUCCCCUCCCCGCUUUUUGCUCCAUAAUGCCAUACCAAGCUCACUAAAAUGCUGUACUGACAGCUCAAACCAGAGCCCCCACUGAUUCAGUUCAGUGAGGUCCCAUAGCCACAAGUGUCCCAUCCUAGCUUUCGAAAUACUGCCUAGAGGCGGACCCCCGUGGAUCCGGCCCACUGCACCACUCUGGCAGAAUAAGCAACAAUCUCAUAAACCACCCUGAAGAUCUACUCCCAUAAUGUGCGUGGGCUUAACAUGUCCCACAAACGGCACAUGCUUUUGAAUUAAGCCAAAACACACUUUCCUAAAGCCUGUGUACCCAAAUUCGGCAUGAAAUACUUCCCCAUUCAAUACCUUUGCCACUAAGUCCAGGGGGAUAUCCAUAUACAUUCACAAGUCAGUGGCCUUUGAGUUACUACAGGAAAUAUCUGAUACACACGGCAGAUACCUCAUUUUAAUUUGUUUGCUGAACAAUGUAACAUAUACUUUGGUUAAUGUGUACGCUCCGAAUGAGCACCAACUUAACUUUUUACAUAAGGUGACAGCAGUACAGAAGGGAAUGACCGUGAAUGUGGUGACAUCAACCAUGUUUUUGACCCUAGACUGGACUCAUCCACACAGACCCACUCCAUACGACAACGGAUGCUUCAUUGCAAAGCCCUGACAAAAUUGCUGCUGCAAUUCAACUUCUAUGACAGUUGGCGCACAUUACACCCGACGGUAGGGAAAUGAAAUUAAACCUCUUCGUCGACGCCAUUCUCCUCACCAUCACUGAUCCCAAAACAUCGCUGCCAGCAUUUCACGACAUACUGCAUUCCUACAGAAGAUGUUCAUAUUAUAAGCUUAAUCUCACGAAAACACAAGCUAUGGGGGUGAGGAUGGAGGACACCUAUAGGUCAGACCUUGAGAAGGAAUAUGCGUACGACUGGAGAACAGACUACCUUACCUUUUUAGGUGUUAGACUCCCCUACCAUCUCUCGAAACUCUACGACCUCAACUAUGUCAAACUAAGCAAAGAAAUAGAGGAAAGUCUCAAACAAUGGAGAAAUAAAUACAUUUCCUGGUCAGGACGCAUAGCUGCUGUAAAAAUGGUAAUAAUACCUAGACUGCAAUACCUAUUCAGGACAGUCCCACUUCGCCGCGAACGGUUCGCCGCGGACUUAUCAUUGAGUAAACUUUGAUCCUGUACCUCACAGUCAGCAGACACAUUCCAGCCAAUCAGUGGCAGACCCUCCCUCCCAGACCCUCCCAUCUCCUGGACAGCAUACAUUUUACAUUCAUUGUGAAGCUGCAUUCUUAGUGAGCUGUCCAGGAGGUGGGAAGGUCUGGGAGGGAGGGUCUGCUGCUGAUUGGCUGGAAAGUGUCUGCUCACUGUGAGGUACAGGGUCAAAGUUUACUCAAUGAUGAGUCCGUGGCGAACCGUUCAGGACAUCACUACUGGUAAUUAACAGAUCUUGGAAUCUUUAAUGUUUCCCAUAGAGAUUAAAAGGCGUUGCUAAAGUUUGCGUAGCAUCUACUUUUUAUGUUAGGUGGUACAACUUACCACCUGUUACUGGCUGACAGAAAAAUCAACACUUGACCAGCUGUAAAGACAAAAGACAAGUUAAAAGAACAACUGACCUAAUUUGUUAUGGUGCCUGGAGUCUGUGGGCAUCACUGCUAAUCGGUUUGCUCACCAUUUAGCAGAAUGCUCAGUCCCUGGUAUCACACUGGUGCUCACAAUUAAAAUAUAGCAGAAAUGGAGCUAUAAAAUCAAAAAUAGAGUCACAAAAAAGAAAGUAUAUCAUUACAUUAAUCAGAGGAACGAUACCUCGGAGUGUUGAUUAACUCUGGACUAUCAUUUAAACAGCAGAUUUCCUCCAUUAUAAAAUCUGCCUACUUUCAUCUGAAAAACACAGCCAGGAUACAGCACUUAAUUCCACCGGAUGAUAUGCCAUCAUUAAUCCAUGCGUUUGUAUCCUCUCGGCUAGAUUACUGCAAUGUACUUUACAUGUGUCUCCCAGAAAAAGAACUCUACCGCCUUCAGACAAUACUAAAUGCAGCAGCCAGACUACUGGGCAAUCAAACUCGUUCCUGCCACAUAACACCUGUUCUCCACUCCCUGGCUUCCAUUUAAAUGGUGAACAUAUUUUAAAAUUGGCCUGCUAACCUUCAAAGCUUUAAACAAUCAAGGCCCACAGUACCUGAAAGAGCUCCUUACACCCUACAUUCCAUUCCGUUCACUUCGGUUAGCCAGCAAAUCCUUCCUGUCUGUGCCAAGAAUAAAGACAGACUAAGGUUCCAGGGCAUUCAGCCACACUGCCCCUACCUUCUGGAACUAUUUACCAUGCGCAAUCAGAGAGGCACCGUCCUUACAGACUUUUAAAUAAAAAAAGCUAAAGACCCACCUCUCCCAUCAGGCAUUCAGUCCGCUUAUCUGACCUUCAGAAACUCCUAACUUUUAUGUCUUUAUGUUUGUAUAUUUGUAAAGUGAUUUGAGUCUCACAGGGAGAAAAGCGCUAUAAAAAUUGCUCAUUAUUAUUAUUAUUAUAUUACAUGGUUAAAUAGACUUUGUAAAAACAUGUUCGGUGACACAUAUGACAAGUUGUGGACAUAUCUAAUGACAAAAAGCAUCUACAACUCAGAAUUAAAAAGAUGGCAAGAGCAAGUAAGAAUGAGAUAUAAAUGUUUUUUUGUUUUUUUUGUAGUGUAUGUACUGAAACUGUAAUGCUAUCCUGCCACACAGAGCAUAACAAAUCGUAUUAAUAUUGUGCUUUUAUAAUAUAUUUUUUUUUUAUAGAAAAUGAACAAUUUCCAUGCCUGCCUCUGGUGGUUAGAACUCAUAAUACUUAAUUAUCAGCAUGCGUUUGAAAUAUUUCCCUUUGGUUAUUCAUGUUAAACGCAUUCUAAUAUGUUUUAUAAUUAGAGAUGGUCCUUACGUGGCUAAAAACAGUACUUAAAGUGCGAUAGAUGUCAUAUUAAUAAUAAUACAUACCCGUCCAAAACGGAACAGUUUAAAAAAAGUAUUAACAGAACAUAUUUAGAACUUAACAGCUUUAUCUUCUACUUUUUUAAAAAUGAAUAAUUGCUGGAGAUUCUGAUGUAAUUUGAGGAGAAAUAUCACCAUAUUCUUCCCAAUAACUAUUGCAUUUCAGAAAAUUGUUACUUUUGAUAUGAUGGUGCUAGACGGCUGAUAGGAGGGGUUAGUGUAAACAUUUUACUGUAAAUAAAGACGUAUUCUUACCCUAAAACCAUAUUGAUAUCUGUUUGCAGGUGUCUCGAAUCUUUGCAUACCUAAUCCUUGUGAAAAUGGAGGCGUGUGUAUCGAUGUACUUGCUGGUGCUUCUUAUCAUUGUGCGUGCCCUGAGGGGUUUAUGGGGACAAAUUGUAAUUUAAGUAAGUAAUAAUUAAAACAAUACUUCUUAAACCUAAUUAUCUUUGUUAUGCUGUUAAAUAUUUAUUACAAUUAUUUUUAAAAUUAGUCUUAAUUUCUAGGCUACAACAUUCCAAGGAAACAAAUGUCUCUAAUGUGCUAGUUGGUUAGGCCUUUUAAAUGCUUCUUUUCAAUAACUUUUUAACUGAAAUCUAAAAUGUUGCUGUAUCAAUUAAAGUACCAGCUUGAAAUAAAGGUCUCACAUAAAUUAUUUUCAUUUGCAACUGGAGACAGAGAUUGGUGUCUCAAAAAUGGUAUCAACCAUAACUAUGUAGUGUACUGUAAUGUGUAUUGUAGUUGAGAAAUCAAGCAGAGCACUCAUGUUCUACCCUACCACGGUAGGCCAUGUAAAGUUACAACCAUCAUUUAGUUUAAAAAAGAAAAUGGCUCAUUUGUUCUAAGGCAGAUAAUUACAGCUAAACUAGAAUAUGUACCCAGGAAAAGCAAAGAAAUCUGGAAGAAAAAUAUAAGAAUGUGAUCAGGAUUUCACAUAAUCCUGAAAGUCAGAUACACAGUAGUGCAAAGUUAUUGCAUUAUAAUUAUAUAUAUUACAUUAUUAUACACUGAUCAGCCACAACAUUAAAAUGACUCACCUAAUAUUGUGUAGGUCCCCCUUGUGCUACCAAAACAGCUCUGAUGUGUCAAGGCAAGGACUCCACAAGACCUCGGAACAUGACCUGUGAAAUCUGGUAACAAGACAUUAGAAGCAGUUCCCUUAAUUCCUGCAGGUUGCGAGGUGGAACCUCCAUAGAUCAGAUUUAUUGUUCCAGCACAUCUCACAGAUGCACAAAUCAGAGUGAGAUCUGUGUAAUUUGGAGGCCAUGGCAACACCUUGAACUCUUUGUCAUAUUCCUCAAACCAUUUCUGAACACUGGUUGCAGUGUGGCUAGGUGCAUUAUCCUGCUGAAAGAGGACACUGCCAUCAGUGGAGUACAUUGUCUACAACAAUCUCUAAGCAGGUGGUAUGUGUCAAAAUAACACACACAUGAAUGCUGGGAGUCAAGGCUUCCCAGCGGAAUAUUGACCAGAGCAUACUGCCUCUGCCGGCCUGUUUUCUUACCAUAGUGCAUCCUGCUGAUAUAAUAAGCUAAUAAACAAAAUGGUGAGAGCAAAAUAUGUAGUAAAUAAACCAAUCGUGGAUAAUAUAUAAAACAUACAAUGUUGCAUGUUUUAUAUAUUAUCCAAGAUUGAUGCAUGUUUUAUAUAUUAUCCAUGAUUAGUUUAUUUACUACAUAUUUUGCUCUCACCAUUUUGUUUAUUAUAUUCUGUUUGUUUUCGUGUGAUUUGGAGUGACACACACUUGGUGAUUUUGAGCAAUUUUCUUCCGUUCUUUCUCUUCCCCUUUUUUCUGUUUUUUUUAUUUAUUGAUAUAAUAAGCUGGUGCUAUAUAAAUACCAAUAAUGAUAAAAAUAAAUAAAAAUAAUCUCUUCCAUGGGUACGCACACCCAGCCAUCCACCUAAUCUAAAAGAAAACUUAAUUAAUCAGACCAGGAAACCUUCUUCUAUUGCUCCAUGGUCCAGUUAUGAUGCAUACAUCCCCAUUAAGAGGCUUUCGGUGGUCAACAUGGGCUCUUUGACUGGCCUGCGGCUACGCAGCCCCAUACUCAGCAAACUGUCUGUGAUGAACUAUGUGUUCUGACACCUUUCUAUCAUGGCCAACAUUGAGUUUUCAGCAUUUUGAGCUUCAGUAGCUCUUCUGUGUGAUUGGACCAGACUGGCUAGUCUUUACUCCCCACACACUCCAAUGAGCCUUGGGCGCCCAUGACCUUGAUGCUGGUUCACUGGAUGUUCUUCCUUGCAUCACAUUUGGUAGGUACUAACCGUUGCAUACCAGGAAUACCCCACAAGACUUGCCGUUUUGGAGAUGUAAUGACUCAAUCGUCUAUCCUUCACUAUUUGGCUCUUGUCAAAGUCACUCAAAUCUUUCCAACACAUUCAAUUUAGGAACUGACUAUUCAUUUGCUGCCUAAUAUAUCCCACCCCUUAACAGGUGCCAUUGUAGUGAUAUAAUCAGUGUUAUUCACUUUACCUGUCAGUGUUUUUAAUGUUGUGGCUGAUCAGUGUACAUUACGUUAUGUAACUCAUAUCCUAAUUCUGCUGUUUGUUGUUUAGGGAAAUGUUUUGACGAUGCUCACUAUGAAUUCUAUGAUCAUGGAGAUACCUGGGGCAGAAUACAUAAAGGUCGAGUGGAGAAAUGCAGUUGUCAGGAUGGUGCCAUAACAUGUCACACUGGAGAAAGAUACAAAGGUGAAUUGCAACGAAAUUUAAUUUUGCUGCCAGUUUUUUCUUUAAUACACUUAUGUGUUUCCUGUAUGACACAUGGGGACCAACCCUCAACAUCCAAACCUAGGAAAAACAGUAUAGAAAUCAUAUUACCAUUCCCUUACAUGCACACACUGCAUCCCUAACACAUACAAACUGCAGACCCUACACUGGAUUCCCGAUAUACUACAUUCCAUAAACACAUACACUCCACUCCAUGUGUGCAGGCUUGGGGACAUGUCUUGUGGACAGACUCAGAGUGGGUCUCACGGCCCAGGGAUUGAGCUGUGUAAAUUUUUGAUGGCAGUACUGCAAGGGGGGACCGAGAUUCCCCCCACCUGCAUCCAUGGGUGGCGGCAUUUCAAUUAUGUCUCUCCCCAGCCCCCUCUCAUGAGUGGCUGUUGGGAGCUCUAAUUAAAUAUACAUUAGGGAGUUGGAAAUUUUGUUUAUAAGUCAGAUCCAUGCUGCGUGGCUAGUGGGUCACCAAGACCCUAGCCACUCACCAUGCAAUGAAAUGUUACAUACCCCCUCACAGUAGUAACAUUAUAUGUACCAUUAGACAUCUUCUUCAGUCUUACAUUUUCUCUUUUUUAGCCACACAAAAGGCAGACUAAAAACCCAUGAUUCCAGACAUUACAAAUAAAUGAAAAAACAAAAAGACCCGAUUCGCAAAAACUUGAUGAUAAACAAACUAAAAUGUGAUGCAAAAAAAAUAAAAAUCCAUAUGAGCCCUGUGAGGACACUGCACUGGAUGAGGUUUCAAGGUAGGAUAAGCUUUUACAAAGGCUAUCCCAUGCUUUGAAAUCUCAGUUGAUCGUUCUCAUUGGUUGGUGUGUGAUAAAAUCAUAGGGUGUGAAGAAACUACACCUUUUGUUUCGUUAACUUUGAUUUUUCUCGUUCGGUAGAUAAAAGUACUGAACACCGACCAACUCCCUGGCUCAUUAACUACAAAGCAAACUGCAGAUUAAGGGCUCUCCCUGUGUGGCCACUGUUCGUAUGGCCGAACGCCACAUGUUAGAGAAAACAGCGGCCAUCUUGUCGCACGAAAAGAGGCAGCGGGACUUGGUCAUAGAGUGUCUGGAACUAAAAUCGGACAUUUGACUUCACGAACGCCGGUCAACUUCGUGAACGCCUGCUUCUUUUCACCGACCAACCAGGAGAGCGGUAUUCGGUAGGUUUGUUCCCAUGAACUAGGGGAACAAACGCUACCCAUGAGCCAGGGGAACAGUUCGUGGAUUUGUUCUGUUUAAGAGCUCCGCGAAAUAGACCGACCGCUACCUCUGAAACUGUGGGACUGUUUUGGGCUUAAGACUUUGUGUGCGUCGGUCAAAUUAUGACUUCCAUGGAAAUCCCGAACCCCUGAACCGAUCUGGGUGAUUUUUAGAUAUGUUGAUCCCCCAGAUAGGGGCUAUCAGGGGAUGUGACUAUUGUAGGGUUUCCAUGUGUUUUGGGGGUACUUUUAGGUUGUUAUUAAAAUGUAUGUUUUCUGUGCCUUGAGAUAAUUGAGUUUAGUAUAGUUCCUGACUCAAUUAUCUCACAGGCACAGGGGAGGUAUUAUCCUGUUUUGUGUGGGAGUGUCCUGGACCUGAGAGCCAAUGUAAUUACAGUGUGUACUUUGCCAUAGUCCCCUCUCAGGUCCUGUGGGGAAUGCCUCUGGAAUAUGUCAUGGUAAACCCCUUGCAUGGGGACUUGCAUAUGAACCGGCCAGUUAGCCUGCAUACAUUCAUUCCUGUUGUACCUUUCAUCUAGUUUAGGCUGAUGUUUGGGUAUACGUCAGAUUGCUUGGAGAAUUUACUUGGAUACUGCAUUGCCUGGAGAACGUUCAAAUCAACACCCGAACUGCGAGCUGUAAUCACUCAAGCGAACGGGUAUCUGAAAUACCUGUUUUCUUAACAUAGGGUUAUUCACUAAAUUCACUGGCAAAUUAAAGCUGGAUUGCAAAAUCUAGGUAAAUGUAGCCAAGCUGAGUCUAGAGACGAGUUGAAAAAGACCAGCUAUUGUUGCCCAAGUUUUACAAUUCAGCUUUCAUUUGCUAAAAUGUGAAGUUUAGUGAAAAACCCGGAAUUUCUUACUUUGAAGGUUGCAUGGGGUUUAAAUAGUUCUCACAAAAGAGACAUUUGUGUUAACUUACUCUUCUCUACUCUGUUCUUACUAAGAGUACAAUAUAAACCUAUGACUUGUAUUUCCAGCCUGUAACGAGAACCCGUGCCUUAAUGGGGGUGCAUGUCGGUUCAUGCAAUCAACUGGACAAGCUGUAUGUGGAUGCAAGCCAAAUUAUGUUGGAAAAUACUGCAAUAUUGGUAAGUAGGGUCUAAUAAUGUAAUUUUAAUGUAACUUUUUGAACAAUAAAACAUGACAAUCUCUCCAUUUCUUAACUUGUUUAUUACGAGCAACAUGCAUUCACAACUGUUAGAUGCAUGACUUCAUAUUCAAACAUUGUAUAUGCAACACUGCACCUUGACUGACAGGAAUUUAAUUUGCAAAUUACGUCAGGGCAAGAGCUGUGGCAUUGUGAAAAUAGAUACAAUCUGAGAUAUGAGCUCCUGUUGCUCCAACUAGCAAUGAACGGAUUAACAGCACACACUACCAUGCAGUUGUCCUUUUUUGUUAUUCCUUCAUAAAUAUUUAUUGGUUAAUCAGAAUGUGAAAAGUUAUUUUAAUGCAUAUAGUCAUGACAAACACACUGUACACAUUAUAAUUCUAAAAAAAGAAAAUGCAUAAUACAAAUACUGAGCAAAACAUAACGAUGCUAUAAAAUAUGUAGUUAAUUUAUUAAUAAAGUAGACGGUAGCGGCCACUGUUCACCUACUUUUUCAUACUUUAUAUUUUAUAUUAACUCACAUUGUAUGCUGGUGUUCCCAAAGCUUUCAUGAACUAAGCUAAACGUGGCCUGCUGAUGUCACGGGUAUCGUAACUCAACACGCAGGAAAGAGGAACACCACAAAAGGUGGAUCCGAAAGAUGUAUUACCGAGCCUUAGAAUGGCCGGACUUAACGUAACUAAACAACAAGAAUCAGGGUCAAGAUUAAAUCAAGGACAGGAAUAACAGGAAUACUCAGAGUCAAGACAAUGCCGGGUCAGGAUACCAGAAAUCACGAGUCAAACACGAAGACGGCCUGGGUCUGGAUACCAGAAAUCACGAGUCAAAUACGAAGCCAGCCGGGAUGAGGAUACCAGAAAUCAUGAGUCAAAUACGAAGCCAAGGUCAAACACAGGAAAUCACAAGAGAAUCACUAGGAGCCAGGGCCGGACUGGCCCACCGGGAUAUUUCCUGGUGGGCCGGCAUACUAGCGGGCCGGUGCACAGCCACCUUGUGCACACCGGCCUGCAGGCCGCACGGCUCAAUUACAGGGUGACUGGCAAGAGGGCUCCUCUCCUGCCGGUCACAGAAUGUAGUGUGGCCGAGCAGGCAGUCUGUGGUAGAGGAGCUUCUGUUCCCCUACCCGGUCUGACAGGAAGUGUUCACAGAGAGUAUAGAACUGCUUCCUAUCAGACCGGGUACAGUGAGCAGGAGCUCCUCCACCACGGUCUGCCUGCUCGGCCAUGCUACAGCAAGGUACAGGGAGAGCUGGGGGGGCAUAGAAACACAUGGAGGGCUAGGAGGGUGCUAUAGAAACAAAUGGAGGGCUGGGAAGGAGGGCUAGUGAGACACAUGGAGGGCUGGGAGCAGGGCCGGCGCUACCAUUAUGUGAAUAAGGCAUUCGCCUGGGGCGCCGGCCUCUGGGGAGCGCACACCGGGAGGUUCCCAGGUGGGCUGCCCUGCUGCUAUCUGGGCUGGUGCACUGGUGAGCGGUUCCUUAGCCCCCCCACUGCGCAACCGCUUAGCUGCUGGGCUCCCUCUGCCUCCGAUUACCUGCUCGGGGAGCGGGGUAUGCUGUAUCCCCAGCACCCGAGCAGAGCCCCCUGCCUGUGAACACCGGAAGAACUCUGCAGGGAGCAGGAUGUAGCCUGUGCUCACAGUGCACUGCUCUCCUGCUUCCCCCACCAGGAACACGGCAGCUACGUGCAGGCUGGACCCCUCUAUUCCAUUCACAGCACUUAUGUAUGGUACAUCUGAAGGCAAGGGCAAUUGAUUAUGAGUAUGAGUGUAUUAUUGUAAAUUGGUCUGUGUGUAUUGAAUUGCUGUGUUGUGUGUGUGUAAAUAAAGUGUGACUAUAUGCAAGUGGUGUGAGUGACAAUGUGUGUGUGUUAGUUAGAGUGUGUAAGUGGCACUGUGAAUGUCACAUAGUGUGUGUGUAAGUGUGUGUGUAUGUAUGUCAGUGUGUGUGUGUGUGUGAGAGAGAGUGUGUAAAUGACACUGUGUGUGUGUGUUAGUGACUGUGUGUAAAUGAGGUUGUGUAUGUCAGUGAGUGUGUAAGUUGCACUGUGAAUGUCACUGAGAGUGUGUGUGUGUAAGUGAGAGUGUGUAUGUUAGUAAGUGUGUAAGUGACACUGUGUGUGUAUGUCAGUGAGAGUGUGUAAGUGACAGUGUGUGUAUGUUUGUGAGAGUGUUUGUGCUAGUGUGUGUGUGUGUGACCAUGUAAAUAGAUAGUUAUAUAUAAAAUUAUAUUUAUAAUAUAAAAUAAUAUAAAUCUAUAUUAAACCGAAAAAAUGUUUUACUUAAAGUUCACUGUAACAUGAAUUAAAUCCCAACAUUAUUAGAAAUUAAAUACCACAAAAUGCAUUGAAAAAGAGUGUAUGGAUAAAUGUAUUAGGCAGUACGUGUCUAUUAAUGUAUGAGUAUGAGUGUAUGAAUGUAUGUAUUAGGCGGUGUGUGUGUGUGUGUAUUUAUGUAUUGGGCUGUGUGCGUAUGGUUGUUUGUAUGUAAUAGGCAGUCUGUGUGGAUGGAUGGAUUAGGCAAUGUGUUUAUGUGGAUGCAUAUACUGGGUGAGUGUUUCUACACAGUGUGUUUUCUUCCCCAAAUGUCUCAUUGCAAUUCAGAAUUUAGUGACUAAACCUGUGAGAGAAUGUAGUUGCCUUCAUGAGGGGGUGGCAAAAUGGAUUGUUGCCUAAGACGGCAGGAAUUCUUGCACCGGACCUGGCUGGGAGGGAGGGCUAGUGGGACACAUGGAGGGCUGGUGGAUAAUGGGAACACAUAUGGGGGCUACUGAGACACAUGGGAGACUGGAAAGGGUGGAAUGAGACACAUGGAGAGCUAUGGAGUAAUGAGACACAUGGAGGGGCUGGGAAAGGUGAACAGGAGACACACACAGAGGAGCUGAGGAAGACGAACAAGAGACACACAGAGGGGUUGGGAAAGGGGAGAAUGAGACACAUAGAGGAGCUGUGGGGAAAGAUACACAUAGAGGUGCUGAGACCUGGGAAAGAGACUCACAGAAGGGCUGGGGAAAGGGAGAAAGAGACAAUGGGACUGGGGCUAAGAGACACAUGAAAGAGACUUGGGGGAGAAAGACAUAAUCAAAAUGCAUCUUCACUAGUGUCUCCUGCACUCCCUGUACCUCAGAGUCGACUGUUGAGAGAAAGACAUCACAUUAAAGGGACACUAUAGUCACCAGAACUACUACAGUUUAAUGUAGUGGUUCUAGUGUCUGAGCACUGUAAAUGCUACCUUUUCAGAAAAAAGGCAGUGUCUACAUUGCUGCCUAGGCACAUCUCUAGUGACAGUCACUCAGACGGCCACUAGAGAUGCUUACUAGUCCAGUGCUACACAGUCUGCAUGGAGGCGCUGAUCGCUCCCCAUAGAGAUGCAUUGAUGCACUGCAUCUCUAUGAGGAGAUGCUGAUUGGUGCAGUAAAGCGCAGCAUUUUGCCACACAUGCGCAAUAGCCCCUCAAUGAUUUCCUAUGUGAAUUAAAUUGGCAUUGACUGAAAUUUAUCCAUUUGUAAGCCAAAGUGAAGAGUACACUCUUAUUACUUAAAAAAAACAAAAUAACAUAAUUUUUGUUACUGCUGUGCCAUAGCAAACAUUCACAAUUUCAGUCCAAAUGACCAAACCUUUCUUAAUAUAUCAAGAAAAUGGACUGAAACAUUGAUUAUAUGCAAAUGCACAUCUGCUUACAAUAAAUCCGCUCUUUUGUUUAUUUUGAAGCCCUAUGAGUGCUUUCUUUCACGUUUGAGUGAUAGUUUUCAGUUUUCUGUUUUUUUUUUCUCCAUAUCUGCAAACUAUUCUGGCGCGAUGCAUUAUGGAGCUGGUAUAGAAUUAUUUACCAGGGCUGCUUUUCAUUCCCAAUCCAGCCCUGCUAGGAGCACUAAACGAGGUUCCAACAGAAACCACAAUAGGGAAAUGAAUAGGCUUACCUAUGUUCUGAUAGGUCCAGGUCAUCACUGCGAUCCAAAAAUGAAAGAAUAAAUAGUUGCGGCGCACUCAGACAUCAAAAAAUAUAACACAAAAAAGGCUACUAAAAUGCCUAUCUGAGAAUAAAUAUGCAGAUUUGGUUCCACCAUAUGGCCAUAUGUUGUUAAGCCCACCACUACUUUCAAAGUACCCCAAUAUUGGUGGGUCCUACACUAAAAUGUGGGGGACAAAUUAAAUAGUACUAGUGUUAAAAAUAAAAGGCGUUAAAUUGAAUCCUGGUAAGAGCAUAGUGAGUAUACAAAAAUAAAUGAUGAAAGCAAUUAAAAACAGUGUUAAAACUAAACAAUUAACGUGUUGGUGCUAAGAUGAGUAUACUCACUAUUGCAGAUGAUAUCUGCGCUGACUGGAGAAAAUAAUAAAACAGAUUAGGAUCGCAAUGAUGUCGUGGUCACUUUAAGAGUGAGUGUAACAUCACGUACACAUCUAUACAAAGAGCGAUUGUACCGAGCGGCAGGAGGUCGACUAGGAUCGAGGGAGGUGAGUUUCCCUCAGUGUGCCGCGCAGUCGCGUGGAGUGGUCGGACUGUGCGGCAGGAGGGGGUCUGCGCGGCUCGGCAGAGGUAAGUAAUGCCACAACUGAAGGUGCUAAGUGUCGACUUUGGCUGCUGAUAGCUGCAAAGCAUCCAGCUGUCCAGCUUUUGGGAUCCUGUCCUGCAGAUUUAGAAAAGGGAAAUUAGCGGACAACAACAAAUAAAACAGUUAGCAAAAUGCAUGGAUCCUGGAUGCCCAGGUGAGGGGACCACCAGUCCCACUCAGGGCGGCCCAUUCCUGAAGCACUCUCAGCAUGGUCUUAAAAUAGCUCUGUUAUUGAUUUUUCCUUAUGUCCUUGUAUCUUAAUGAUUAUAUACUACCUUUUUUCACCCGCAUUUAUUUAUUUAUAUUUAUUUAUUUAUUUGUUUUAACUUCCUUGUGCCUGAUCUCAAUAUCUGGGUGUUUCCAAUUUGUUCACCUCUGCCCAUGAUGCCUAGUGUUUGCCCUUCUGUGAGACUGAUCUUACUGAUGGAUUGUUGGUAAAUCUGAUUGGCAAAUAAAAUCCUUGAUUAAGCCCAGACUAUUGUCAAGUUGUGUUCAUUGGACAGCUAUAGAUAAAGAAAAGUGAUCCAUAACUUUCUUUGUGUAUUCAAGAAAAGGGAAGUAGCACCAAAAUCCUCAGAAACAGGUCAAUAUGACAAAAAUAGAAAAAGAAAGGGAUAGGAUAUAGUGUAGUAUAAAUUUAAAUAUUGAUUAAAGAAAACGAAAGGAAAUGUACUUACAGUAUAUGGGUCUGACAAUAGACUCCCAUUUGGUGUGCCUCGGUGGUUUUAUCCCUGCCUAUGGAUAUGUGGUUGGUAUCUUGGUAAAAUGAGAGGGGUGAUCCAAAGGUUGUGUAAAGGAAUGACACCAGUAUAGUGUCAUAUUUUUGCUAUUCUAAAUUUAGUGCACACUCACAUUUUUUGGAGCAUCCUGAUUGCUCCUAAUAAAUAGCAUGGAGUGGACUGAUCCCCACUGUUGGAUAUAUGCAGUUGGAAUCCUCACCAUGGUGUUAUGUGGAUAAAACAUAGUGCUCACCAUAUAAGUAAAAAGUAGUAAAAUUAUAGGAUAUGUACUCAAUAAUGCAGAGCAAAAAUGGUUUUAUUGAAUCCAUAAGGCAGAGAUAGUGUAUUCAUUCCCCUCCUACCCCUUGCGGAUUGAGCAAAACCCCACCAUAGACAUGGAUAAUACUGACCACGCACAUUAAAUUGGAGCUAAUAGUCAGCUCCAUACAGUGUAAGUGCAUUGCCUUUUGUUUUCUUCAAUCAAUAUUUAACAUACUACACUAUAUCCUAUCCCUUGUCCUCUCUUCUCGCUGCAUAUUGACUGGAUUCUGUGGAUAUUUUCAAGGCGUGACUUCUCUUUUCUUGUAUAAAUUUAAUCCACAACCGGAAGGAAAAGACUCUGGUUUGGGUUGUUUGAGCUAACUCCCUCAUCACACAUCAAGCGCUAGAAACCUAUCAUCUCCUAUUUAUUUAGGUAUAUAAUGUAAACUAGAGUUCUCAGGAAAAAUAAAACAAUCAAACCAGAAGCUAUAUAGAAUAAGAUUAGAAAAAGGGUAAUCCAGACAUGAGAGAUAUCAGCUAUGCCUCACUGAUGAUGCCUAACAAGGGUGAAACGAUCGUCUGGGGUUGCUGUAUCUCUCGUGCAGAGAGAACUUGCUGGCAUUUCGGAUCUGGACUGCCUGUAUGGGUGGGACCAGUCUGAUAUGUUUCAGAGAGGUUCUCUCUGUAAUGGCACCAGAUGAGCUAAAACCAGCUUGAGAUCUGAGCGGGGACCGACCGAAGGGCAGGCUAUUUCAGCUGCUGCCCGUUCUCAGUAUUCUCUUGCGCCCUGUUUUUUGCUCUCCAUAAGAUUAGAAAACGUUUAUAUUUUGUGACAGAACCACAUUAAUGCCAUGAGUUUGCUCUGAAUAGUGCAAGCAUGUCUAUUGAGGAGUUUAUUCUAUAUGGAAAGUUCCCUAGUGUCCCCAGAUACAGAUCACAGGACGACAGGACAGAUGCUUGAAUUCAGUAUGUUCCCCGGGUAUAAAAAAAUAAAGCACCCAUUAAAUAAUGAUUCGAUACUGUGAUUUGUAGUGUGGAGGUAUUAUGUAUGAUUGUUAGUGCAGCUAUGUCAGUUCCAUGUGAGUAGACAAGAUUCACUUGUGAUCAACAUGAACCUACUCCAGAAAUCACAACCCAGUCCAAAAAACAUUUUUGGAAAAGAUAAUUUAAAUUUUGGGAUAAAUGCUUGUCUAAGUUUUUGAUGGAUAUUUUUACUUAAAUGUCUGUCUUGUUAUUUAGAUGUCAGUCACAGAUGCUAUGAUAAUGGAAUUGAAUAUCGAGGUACUGUGAAAAAAACACUGUCAAAUCAAACCUGUCUCAAGUGGAACUCUGAAUAUUUUGUUUACGAGUCUCAUAUUGGCAAUAUCCUGAAUUAUGCUAUCAAAGGUUUGGGAUCUCAUCCCUAUUGCAGGUAAGAUGCAUGUAUAUUUUACAUGACCUGAUGUGUGUGCACCCCAAAAUGAAAAUCAGGAUUCUAUUGAUUUUCAGGAAUCCUGUGGUAGAUAGGACAGGAAUAAUCCUGAGAUUUAAAUACAUUUAUUUACUGACCUGGCAAAUCUCAAAAAUAGACAACUUACUAAAUUGUUUCCAACAUUCAAAUGCAUUAUGUGGCUUGUACACAAUGAAUUCUAUAUUGUACAUGCACAAAAAUACCAUACUACCUGUUCCAGAUUUAUUAAAUGACAUUAGCACUGUGCAUGCACCUAAUUUGCUGCAAAUUAUAUUGUGAUUGUAUCAGUGAUGUGCCCCCACUGAUGGUCAUAAUGAAAAAACAAAACAAGUGUUUGCAUUGUGUGGUGUAUAUGGGCAGCAUUGUUUAUCUAUAGGGGUACUGUGUGUGCAUGGGGGCACAAGGCAUGUGUACAGUGGUUGUAGUGUGUAUAUGUAGGGUGUAUAGCGUAUGUGUAUAGGUUAUGCAGGGUGCAUGUACAGUAGUAAAGUGUGAGUACAGAGGGGUUUAUUGUUUUUUGUAUAGUGGAUGAAUUGUGUGGUGUAUACAAGACCGGCCUUAGGUCUUUAGGUGCCUUGUGUGCAAAAAUCUUCACAGCGCCCUUCCCUGGCUACAUGCACUUAUUCAAAAACUUCUUAUUAACCCCAAAAUAAAGGGAUUAGAAAGAUUGAUGGAAAUAUUUUUUUAUACCUCAAGUAUAAGUAUUGCAUUUAAAUAACGUUUUUCCCUGUUUAGUAUGUGAUAAAUUCAGAACCAGAAUGGUUUCCAUGGUGAUUGCUCCACAUUUAACACAGUCACCCGGAAUUACUUUUAUAGGUUUACUCAAGCAUUAAACUUGGGAGCUAUCUACUAAACACAACUGAGAGAUCAAAAUUAAGAAAAAGGUUUUUUUCUCCUUAAUUUUAAUCUCUCAGCUGUUUAUUAUAUAGCCACCUAAUUUGCUAUCCUUAAGUGGGAUUGCAAAAUCUAAAGGGACACUAUUGUCACCAGCUUAAAGGACCACUAUAGUGCCAGGAAAAAAUACUCGUUCUCCUGGCACUAUAGUGCCCUGAGGGUGCCCCCACCCUCAGGGUCCCCCUCUCACCGGGCUGAAUGGAGAGGAAGGGGUUAAAAACUCACCUUUCUCCAGCGCCGGGACUCUCUUCCUCGGUGCUGGGGACUCUCUUCCUCCUUUCCCCGUCAUCGGCCGAAUGCGCAUGCGCGGCACUAGCCGCGCGCGCAUUCAGCCAGUCCAUAGGAAAGCGUAGAGAAGCGCCUCUAGCGGCUGUCAAUGAGACAGCCACUAGAGGCUGGAUUAACCCAUUUGUAAACAUAGCAAUAUGUUUAGAGCAGAAAGGGUUAAUCCUAGAUGGACCUGGCACCCAACCCACUUCAUUAAGCUGAAGUGGUCUGGGUGCCUAUAGUGGUCCUUUAAUGUAGUUUUCUGGUGUGUAUAGUACAUCCCUAAAGGCUUUUCAAUCUUAACACUGCCUUUUCAGGAAAAGGGUAGUGUUUACAUGCUGCCUGUUAAAAACUCUAAUGGCAGUCACGUAGACGCCCACUAGAUGUGCUUACUACAAGCUCUGCAUGGACCACUUCAAAUGACCACUUCAAAUCACUGAAGUGGUCAUAGUGCUUGGAGUAACCCUUUAAUAUAUAUAUAUAUAUAUGUGUGUGUGUUCCCCAUGUAGUGUAUAAUUUGUAUAUGUUGCCAUUUUACCUUGGCAUUGUUCAUACCAUAUCAGGCAGCUGCGAGGCCUGUGUUGGCUGCCUUACUCACAUGAAUAGAGAGCUGCACCACAUGAUGCACCAAACUAGGUGAAAGUAGUAUUGGACAUACAUAAAGCAUAAUGGCAUUGGUACUGCGCAUGCAGCAAAUAAGCUGAAACAAAUAUGUACACACCAAAUAUACCGAUGCCAAUACUGGACAUGCACAAGUCAUACUGGUACUGACGUCUAGUAUGCAUAUUUUAAAACUUAUAUGUGCAUGCAUGCACUAAACAUACUAAUAUUGUUAUUGUGUGUACACUAAACAUAUUUGUAUUAUUAUUAUUGUUUGUGCACUAAACAUACUGGUAUUAUUGGUGUGUAUGUAUGUAUGUGUGUGUGUGUGUGUACUAAACAUACUGGUAUUAUUGGUGUGUAUGUAUGUGUGUGUGUGUGUGUGUGUGUGUGUACAAAACAUACUGGUAUUAUUGGUGUGUGUGUAUGUGUGUGUGUACUAAACAUACUGGUAUUAUUGGUGUGUGUGUACUAAACAUACUGAUAUUAUUGGUGUGUAUGUACGUGUGUGUGUACUAAACAUACUGGUAUUAUUGGUGUGUAUGUAUGUGUGUGUGUGUGUGUGUGUGUGUGUACUAAACAUACUGGUAUUAUUGGUGUGUGUGUGUGUGUAUGUGUGUGUGUGUGUGUGUGUGUGUGUACUAAACAUACUGGUAUUAUUGGUGUGUAUGUAUGUGUGUGUACUAAACAUACUGGUAUUAUUGGUGUGUAUGUAUGUAUGUGUGUGUGUGUGUGUGUACUUAACAUACUGGUAUUAUUGGUGUGUAUGUAUGUAUGUGUGUGUGUACUAAACAUACUGGUAUUAUUGGUGUGUAUGUGUGUGUGUAUGUAUGUGUGUGUGUGUACUAAACAUACUGGUAUUGACAUUGUGUGUGCACAAAGCAAUGCUAAUAUUUUGAUUGUAGUCAAUAUUACAUACACAGUGUUUGAUUUUAGCUCUAUCUUUGUUAGUUAAAUAUAGCAUUCCUACCAAUACAACAUGUGUCUAAUUUGCCAUUUUGAUAUGUAGAGUACCGGAUGACGAUGAGGAUUCCCCUCCGUGGUGCUAUACUUUAAAACACAAUUCCAUAAUAUGGGAAGCAUGUGAUGUGUCUUCAUGUUGUAAGUACAUCCUUUAUCAAUAUAUUUACAGAUCAAUUACUACGAGAUCUUGAAAAGUCAGAUGUGCGUGGAUUGAUUUUGAGUGAACACCUAGAAUGUCACUUUUCCACCAGCACUGUGAGAUCAGGUGGUUUCCAAUCCAUCCUAUGCUAUCCUAUACUAAUUUAUUCCAUCCUCUAACCAACUUUCUGCUCAUUUUUAGCUUAUUUGUGCAUCUCACAAGGCAUUUGCUUCAGUGUGUUCUUCCAUUAGAUGUGUUAAUUAUUUUCCCAAAAAUGGUCUAAUCAAGAAGUCCUCAUAAGCCCUCAAUGGCAAAAUAUCCUAUAGUUAACUCUUUCUCUCUCUUGUUCUCCUCUAGGCCGUUUAGAAUUUGUUUCAAUGCAUCCUCAACUACUGUCAUCAAAUCUUUUCCUAGUGAAACUUUUUGAAAAUAAUUGUGUUUUUUCAUAUAAUGGGUUUAGGGAGACAUCACCAACACUUCCAAUGAGAGGGCCAGAAUUGCCUGAUAGAUUUUAGCUAAUUCUUGGUCUAAAGAGAGUUCAUUGCAUCAGCUGCAAAUCAUAGGGGUGCACUAAGGGUCCCCUAUGGAUGAGCAACCAGUUGCAGAGCCAGAUUAAUACGGUUUUUGUAAAUAUAAAGUAUAGUUUUGAUUUAUGCUAUCUAACCUGAAUACAUAUACUUCUCACUGUGUGGAUUUUCCUUAGAUAUUAAUUUGCAAACAUUUUACAGAUGACAAGGCAAAAAGAAUAGUGACCCUUGCAGAAGACGUUGCAAAGCCAAAAUGUGGGAAGAAACAUGAAAAGAGAGUUUACCCAAGAGGUAGGGUCGUUGGAGGGACAGCAGCAAUGCCGGCGUCACACCCCUGGAUGGCAGCUAUAUACAUAGGACAAUCAUUUUGCUCCGGGACAUUGAUACACCCUUGCUGGGUGGUCUCUGCUGCACACUGCUUUGCACAUAGGUAAGCACAGUCUCUAGAGCAUUGAGGAGUAGAGAUAUAUGUAAUAUGGCGUAUUGGUCUAGGUAUGUUGUUCUCCAAGGUUUUAAUACAAUUGUUUAAUUUAAUCCCUAGAUUCCCUUUAGUCCUCCCCAGUUCCAAAGUGGUCAUGUUGCUUAAUUGAGGUUUUUAAUAUUUAGUUUGACUAGCCCCUGUAUUUAAAAAAUAUGAUUUUGUGAGCUCUGAGAAAUAAAAUUAAAAGCAUAAUGCCACACAUCACAUCUAUACUGGAACUGGGUUCCUCUAUUUUGAUUUCCUGUCAAUCAUUGUUAUAAAAAAAUAUUGUCCUUUUCUGCCACUUACAAUAGUCAGUGAAAGGGGAGAAAUUGCAAUGGUCAGGGGUUUUUGGGGGUAAAUUUUCAGUGAAUAUCAAGUUCUAGCCAAAAUUAAAAUGUAGCUGGCUUGGAGAAUUUUUUCAGUUGCCCUAUGUUGGCCAAUUUGAAAUUUGUUUUUGAAUAGGGACUACUUUCUCUUAUGAUAACGUCUGAGGUUGCUAAAACUUGAAAAAGGAGGUGCUGUUAAGUUUUUUAAAAUUCUGCCAGCCAUUGCUAGCGAUGAUUGAGAGAACCAAGCUGCUUCUCACAGACCAUGAAACGUAGUCUAUGGAGACUACUGUGGUCUUGUGGUCUGAGUGUAUUCUCAGAUCCUUUCUACCCAUCCAUCACCAUGGAUACAUUUUUGGUAAGACUGCAGCUAAAUGUACCACCUCAAAAUUUCAGAAAUUGUCAAAGAAACACAUUUUUAACAUUUAUUGGCAUCGAACAUGCAUCCUACCUCUGUCUCUUCCAUCUCUAUGGUUUAGAUUUAGGAGAAAACUAAAUCUAAUUAAUGUUUUGCUGCUGUGAACGGUACUAGAGUUCAGUAGAAAUGUUUUUUUAACAUGCAUGUGUGUCACCCUCUAAAUGGGGUGUUGAUACCUCCACAAGCAGUGAACGUUCUCAAACCCUUCUUUGAAUCCCAAUCUCAGGAACUUAAAGAUUUGAUUGAUAAUGUCUUUUAUCUGCUUCAAAUUCAUUGUUCACUAAUUACUACAUAGGAACCUUUCCAAAGUACCAGUGAAGAUGAACUAAAACAAUUGCAGUCUGGACCUCAAAGUUACACUUGAGAAAGCCCUAUUUAAAGGGGCAAAACUAGUCAUGGUGACAUCAGCGUCUGACAAACUGAGGAGAAAAGUCAAUUUUAUGCCAAGUUGAAGAUCUGCGCAUGAUGCUUUGUAGCGGGCAUGUUGCCUUACUACAAACUGUAAUUGUUGACAGAAAACAUUCUAUCCCUGUUGUGUGCUUUUGUUUUUUUCAAUUUGUAAUUUAUUAGAGGUUUUCCACAUAAAAUACAACUGGAACAAGAGAAUAUAAAGGUAAUGCAUGUUGCAUCAUACAUGGGUCAUAUGCAUUUAAUGCUUCUCAUUUGGUUUUGUGAAGACAUUUCUCGAGCUGUGCAGAUAGGACUAGUAGGUAUCUUUAUAGUUAGGUUGACGUAAGUAUAUCAACGGACUGUCAAUGCGAUAUAACUAGUAGACAUGUGCAAUUUGUUUCAUUCCGAAUGUAAAUUCGGACGGAUUUUGACAAUUCGGACAUUUGGAUGCUUGUCCGGGUUGGGGGUAGGGAUAGGGGUAGGGUUGGGGGUGGGGGUAGGGUGAAGGGUAGGGUUGGGAGUAGGGUUAGAGGUAGGGUUAGGGUUGGGGUUAGGAGUAGGGUUAGGGAUAGGGGUAGGGUUAGGAGCUAGGGUUAGAGAAUUGCCAUAGUCCUGUAGUCCUGCAGUCCCGAAGUCCUGUAGUCCUGACGUUCCAAAGUGCCGAUGUCCCGAAUUGCUGAAGCCCCGAAUUUCGUGCCAAACCGAAUUGUUUGCCAAUGCACAUCCCUAAUAACUAGCUAUAGAUAAACAUAGGUCAACUUAAACUUAAAAAUGAGUGGCAUAGUAGCCCAAUAUCUUGUGGAGGUUUUCAAUUUAGCCUGUCUGGCACCAUUAAGCCCUCUGGGCUUGUGACCGGCAACUGCAGGCUCUGAAGAAAGGAUGUUGGGUCUUCUGAUGAGGACAGACUGAGUGUCUUGCUUCCCUGUGGGACAAUCAGAGAUCCAUAAACGGAUUGCUACUUUCUCAUUUACUUGGCUAUUGGGGCCAGUUGCCUCUUUGCCAUUAGCACUGCAAAUGGCACAUCUCCAUACCUAGUUGCUGAGCAGCCCUCAAGCUGGAUCAUGCCAGACUCUCUGGAUUUUGUCAUGGUAGCUGAUCGAACCUCUAUGUCUCUGGUGACUGCUAUUGUGUCCCUGGCUGCUCCUUAUGGGGAGGUUGGUGCUUUUCAGACUUUGAACGCUGAUAGUAUCAUCCCGUUGGGGUCAGUUCCUUUAAGGCCCAUGGAAGCCACUAGACACUGGACAAAGGACAGUAGGGCAUCCCCUCCAAUUUUGUCCUCUACCCCACUCACACAUAUCUCAGGAUUCCAACGUGUUCAAUGAGCGGGUGAGCGUCUGUACCUACUGGGCAAGGCUAUCAGCAUGGUUCUUAGUGGUGUGCAGCUGUUUCUCAUGGGUUUGCUCCGUAGUUUUCACCUCAGUGAUUUUCUGGUGGAGGUCUCCAAUCUCCAAUUGUGCCUCUCAGAGGUACAAUUUCUAGACUUUUCUUAUUUCUUGCAGGAGGUGGUUUAUGACACCUUUUGUCUGAUUCAGAAUCAGGGUAGACAUCUCUUGGUUCUGGUGAGGUAGGCAGUUCCCCUUUGUCCUGGGAUGCCUCCGAGGCCUCCUCCUCACUUUGCGCUGCAGGCGCCGUCUUGGAGGGAGAUGCAGUCGCAGGCCUUUCAAAAGAGAGCUGAAUAUCUGGUAGCUUUGGGGUCUCUGGAGGGCAAAGUUUCUCGUUCUUACGGCCCAUGAUGGUCUCUGUUGUAGGGUGAUUAGGAUUUUGACCUGUGGAGGUUGUAAAUUGUAAGUAAAAGCCUAUUAUCGCAGAUCUGUCCCAGAGCUUCGUGGCUAUGUGUCUGCUCAGCUGCUCAGCUAGCCUCGCCCAUGUUAGGUGAUUUUAAUGGUAUUUUAUGUGAAAUAAAGCAUUUGAAUCUGCAUUUCUGGCAAUCCUGUUUUCUGUCAAGCCGCCACGGCGGUAUUCUCACAAACUAAGGGGAAUACUGCUAAACACUCACCAGAGGUGAUCUCUCCUCUCUCAGCAACCGGCUCUGUAUCAUUAAGGGCGCCACCCGCUGCUGCUGUGAAUAAUAAAGGGUUUCCUGUUUGACCCUUAAAGGCCCAGAUCAAUUAAUUUAAUAUGGGUAUGUCACACACAUAAGCUUGAUCACAUGUUUCCCUAAAGCCUAUCAGGUAAAGCUUUUAGCUAUAUAAACCUAGUUUGUUCAUUUCUCCGUGCCCUGUUGUGGUUUACAGUUGGUUAUCCGAGAGCACGUUCCUUGUAUUGAUUUCUUGUGUAUCUGACCUUGGCAUUCUUAUUGACUAUCCGAUCUCUGUAUUCCUUGACUUUUGGCUUGGCUCCUGACUAUUCUGAUAUCUCCAUUCCUUGACAUUUGGCUUGUUUAUCGUUUGCGUUACACCUUUGUCUUGGCUUUUCCCUAUCUUGUGUCUUUUUGCCUUUUUACGUUAAAUCCGGCCAUUCUAAGGCCCGGUAAUACGUCUUAGGUAUUUUCUUGUUUUCUACUUAAGUUCUGUGUGUUGGGCAUCUACAGUAAUCCUGACAUCUUCCUUGUGUAUUUCCCUGGAUCCAACAGUCUCAAAUGUUUGAUUCUUCUGGUGCUCAGCUGCGUGAGUACUCCUUCCUUGUUUAGCCAUUAAGGGUUAUUGUUUGGGGAAACAUUUUUUAAUGUUAAUACACCAUCUGUUUGUUAUAUUUCGUUUUCAGAUUUACAGAAUAUUAUACCCAGUGUAUCAUGAUACACUUAAUAAUUGUUUGGUCAUCAUUUGUUAGUUUUUUUGUUUUAAUUUUGAGCGCCAUUGUGGGUCACCUUAUUAAUUAAUUUAUUUGUACCAUGUGCUUCCGGUAGACCCACUGUUUGAUGGAUACCUACUAUAGCUUUGCCACUAAAUCAAGCAAUUCUUCCCUACUAAAGAAGCCCAAUGCUAUCACAGUAAAUUGAACCUUGCCUUUAUAGAUUAUCAAAAAUAACUAUAGAGAAUAUUUUAAUAUAUAUUCACAGUCCUGAUACCAAACAUAAUAACAUUAACAACCAAAGUAAUUGCAACAUUAAAAUUGUGGUUAAUGCUUCCGGAUUGCCCGUCUUUAGUAAAUAGAUCAAAUGGUACUGUUUGUCCAUUACCAACUUGACUUUUGGAUUAGUAAUUUUUUUGUUGUUGUUUUUUUUACUUCACAGCCCUCUGAAGACUAUGAUCAAAGUUGUUCUUGGCCAACAUUUCUUCAAUGAAACCACAGAUGACACACAGGCAUUUCAGAUAGAUAGAUAUAUUUUUCAUGAUGAUUAUUCAGCGUUUAAGCCCACUGAUCAUGAUAUUGGUAAAUAUAUAUUUAUAUAUAAAUAUAUCACAAUAUACAUUUUUUUUUUUGCUGUAUAUCACAAUAUAUACUAUGGCAUAUAACAUAGAGAUUACCUGGGGUAAUAUUAAGGCAGCAGACUCGAAAUAUUUUCACAUGUAAUGUGAUGGCAUAUAAGAGAUUAAUGCACGGGUGCCCAAUAAGUAGAUCCGUUGAUAUUUUAAAACUACAGCUUCCAUGAUGCUUUGUCAUUCUAAAGGGAUGCAAAGCAUGAUGGGAGUUGUAGUUUUACAACAUCUAGGGAUCUCCCUUUUAGGUACACCUGGAUUAUGGGCUAAAAAUUCCAUGUAAGGAACUGUAUUGGUAUGUGGGAUGUAAUAUUGAAACAAGGCGUCAACUAUAAAAAUUAUUAGAAAAAGAUCAUUAAAUGUUGCUUAAUGGGAUUAAAUAUGUAAUUAAAAGUGGCAUAUGGAAAUUGGAGAUUCAAUAUGUAAAAUUAAAGAUGAACUAUGGUGUAAAGCCCAAUGUAUUUUUUGCAACACCUCAGGGUGCACAUUUUUAAUCUGAUUUAAUCUAAUUUGCCACAAGCACAACACAUUGAAUACAAUCAACAAUUCUGCAAUGUUAAGGAAUAGUGAUGUCCCGAAUGGUUCGCCGAACGGUUCGCCACGGACGGCGAACAUAUGACCCUGUACCUCACAGUCAGCAGACACAUUCCAGCCAAUCAGCAGCAGACCCUCCCUCCUAGAUCCUCCCACCUCCUGGACAGCUCACUAAGAAUGCAGCUUCAAAAUGGAUGCUGUCCAGGAGGUGGGAGGGUCUGGGAGGGAGGGUCUGCUGCUGAUUGGCUGGAAUGUGUCUGCUGACUGUGAGGUACAGGGUCAUAUGUUCGUCGUCCGCAGUAAACCGUUCGGCGAACCGUUCGGCGAACCGUUCGGGACAUCACUAUUAAGGAAUAAAGGACUCUGUAACCAAAUUUAUAUUAUAUAAUGUUUUAUAUAUGGAAAUAUGCAUAAAUAGCACUUUUCUACCCAAACAGACUCAAAGAUCGUUCAAAUAAUUUUAAGUGAAGAGUUUUUACAUUUUUAGCACUAUAAUGAACAAUAAUAAUGACUAGUGAUGUCCCGAACGGUUUGCGAACGGUUCGCUGCAAACGGGUCACCAAACAGUUCCCCGCGGACUCAUCAUUCCAGCCAAUCAGCAGCAGACCCUCCCUCCCUGAACCUCCCACCUCCUGGACAGCAUCCAUUUUGAAGCUGCAUUCUUAGUGAGCUGUCCAGGAGGUGGCAGGGUCUGGGAGGGUCUGGGAGGGAGGGUCUGCUGCUGUUUGGCUGGAAUGAUUAGUCCGUGGCGAACCGUUCGGCGAACCGUUCGCGAACCGUUCGGGUCAUCACUAAUAAUGACACAUAAAAAAUGUUACAAUAUGUAACGGAGCUCCUAGGAAUCAGACCAAGUACCUCCGUUGAUGGAUGCUCCUAGUGCUUCCCGAGGGCUCCAAGCGCUAUGUGACGGAACGCUGGCACUCCGACUGAGUACCUGCGCCAAUCGAUGCUCCUAGUGCUCGCUGAGGACUCCAAGCACUCCAACCGACACCAUCAGCACUGCAGACCCCACUUCCAGCGAUGCAACUCUCUCUGCUGUUUCCACCCACCCUGGACCCAAGGCCAGGAUCCAGCUUCCAGUGGGUGAACCUCUCUUUCCCCAGAGAGCAGGAACAGGAACAAAUCAAGCUAUUGCAAGAGCUUCCUCUGGGGAGUAAGUGAUUAUAGCAAUCCCCAGAGUUUAGGUAUCCCUUCCCCCAAACAUGAGCCAAGGCUUAAUGCUGGAACAAGACUGAUUUACUGGCACACAGAACUCACAAUUUAUGCAACACAAAACUCCUCCUCUGGGCCAGGCUAGAUAAUUGAAUUUCUACAAUACACAAAGCUCAAUUAUCUGCUGGCCAGAAAUAAUACAGUUUCAUAAAACACAUCACAGGGACCCCAAAACAUGCAAUAACCCCAUAAAAAGUAUAUCCUUGGAACCGGGGAUCUGGGUGAACCACAUAUCCAAAAUUCACCCAGAUCCGUUCAGUACUUUGGAAAAUACAGUUUAAUGCAGAUUCUGCAGAACAUAUACAGGCUAAAUGAAAAACAAUCACUAUAUAAUGUGUCCCCUGCUGUAUAGUCCAAAACCACUGCACGAUGUCCCUGUGCACCAAAUACUGGCGAGAUGGCACCGUGUUGAAAAGUCCAAACAGUGUCUGUGAGUUAAAAUGGCCGCCAUCCAUUGUUCUCACCAUGUGCUUCUGAUACAGGAAAUGGUGGCCACCCAGUAACUCCACAGUAUGUCCCCAGAUGGUUCUAAAAGGGCCAGCAGCAGCACAACACAAAUCCAUUAUGCCCAAAUCAUGUCUUUAAAGGGCAAUACAUCCCAGGGGCCAUAGUCACAGGGCAAGAGGCGGGCAAGCAGUCCUCUCCAGGCACAAGUGGCGAAGGGCACUUCGUCACACGCUACUCCAGACACCAUAAGCACUGCAGACCGAACCUCUCCUGCAGAGAGCGAAGCUGGAACAAGCUCUUAAAAGAGCUUAGUGAUUAUACCUAGGGGAGUAUACAGAGUAUAGCAAUCCCCCAGUGUAGAUGCAGUCGUAUCCGCCAAUCAUGAGACAAGGCUCUAUGUUGAGGGUCAAACAGGAACAGUCUGAGCUGUGUUUUUAUUGUUCUUAUAUACACAUUCUUACACAUUAGUACCACCCACAGGGUUUUGUGGAACAUCCAAUCAAACACGUAAUAUACAGUAAAACACUCCCAUUCAUUCCAGCAAAAUCCUCCCCUCUGCCUGUGAUAUAUAUACACUGAACACAAUGGGCUAACGUAAUUAUCCCAGGCAGGAAAAUACACAGUUUUACACAAUAUUCAUAACUUUAAAAGUAUACAUCACAUUCACAUAAUUUACACUUACAUUUUCAGAAUCAGCAUACUCCAAAUACAAACAUACUCAAAAAUCAGACAAUUCCCUCCAGUGGUUUUAAAGUUAGGUCGAAGUCCUUUGUGACCAACUGCAAGCAUGGCUUUCCAGCCCAAACCAGUUCCACAGAGUUAGGCUGUGCGAGAUAAUUGGCUUAACUGGGUGUGGUAAGCCAACUAUCUCCAGGUACAGAAAAUAUCUCUAUUCACAACAACAGCAAAAAUACAUAACUCCUAUCAUUCUGAACAGAACCCCCACAUAUAACCUAUCCCAGAUGGCUUGGAUCUGAGCGCUCAAUAAAUCCAAACAGCGCUCAGAUCCCACAAACACAGUCAAAUCGCCAUGGGGUUUAAGUUUAGCAUGGGCUGAUGAGAGGGGCCAUAGUCAUGAGGCAGGAGGCUGACAAUCAGACUUCUCCAUAACCCAGGGAAGCAGGGCAAUUUGUCAUAACAGAAAAUAGGGACAAAAGGCGUUUUGUAACACAGACUUCUCCAGGACCCAGUAGCGAGGUUAGUUUCGCCACACAAUAUUAUAUAAACAAAAAAAUAAAAGUGGGGAAUAAUGAUACAAAAUAUUCAUGUGGAAAUGUAUGUAUAAUAACAUAUCUUAAGUAAAUUAUUAUGGUGCAAAAUGUUGUAAAUGUUUAUGAUACCUUAAAUAUAUGUAACCGGUCAAGUGGGAUCAUGGGUGUAAAUUAUACCUCUGUUUAAUAUCCUUUUCCAAAAUUAUCAAUUUGUGUCGUAAAUAACUAAUCGUAUCAGAUGGUGAUUUGAAAAGCAAGUUCACACCUCGUAGUUUCAAACAGCAAAUUAACCACUUCUUUGAUAUCAGGUGAUCUCCAGUGAAGUGGAGUAACUAUAGUGGCUAAGAUUAUAAUAUGUCCUAACAUAAUACGUUUGUAUUCUAAACUGGCUCAUGGAUUGCAGGCAGGGCCGGUGCAACUGUUAGGCGAACUAGGCAUUCGCCUAUGGCGCUGACCUACUGGGGGAGCUCACCGGGAUGUUUCCUGGUGGGCUGCCUGCCCCUGUCUGGGGCCACAGUGCUGGGCGAGAAGCUCUUGAGCCGACCCCAGCGCCUGGCCAAUCCUCAAGGCGCCCAGAGGUGGGGGCGCUGAGAGAAGCCCUGUCACAGGGAGGCCAGGAGGUGGCCAUCCGGCCACCUCAAGGUGCCCCAGAAGCUGUGGUAGGUAAGGCAGAGCAGGCACCUGCUAACCUUGAUGGCAGGUGCCUGCUCUGCUAACAAAUGCCAGUGACUGUCCGGAGGGGCGGGGGACGGAAAAGCCAGGUGGUGAGGGAGGCUGUUCAGGUGGUGAGGGAGCCGGAAUAUGACGUCAUUCUGGCCCCGGCAUACUAAACAGCGGGCGGCAGGAGUGAGGAGUGUUUGAUGUGAGUGUUUGACUGUCAGUGAGUGUGUGUGUGUCAGUGAGUGUCUGCCUGUGUGUGUGUGUGUGUGUGUGUGUCUGUCAGUGAGUGAGUAUGUAUGUCAGUGAGUGUCUGCCUGUGUGUGCGUGUCAGUGAGUGUGUGAGUGUUUGACUGUCAGUGUGUGUGUGUGUGUGUCUGUCAGUGAGUGAAUGUCUGUCAGUGAGUGAGUGUAUGUAUGUAUGUAUGUCAGUGAGUGUCUGUGUGUGUGUUUGUGUGUCUGUCAGUGAGUGAGUGUUUAUGUGUCAGUGAGUGAGUGUAUGUCUGUCAGUAAGUGUCUGUGUGUGUGUGUGUAUCUGUCAAUGAGUGAGUGUAUGUCUGUUAGUAAGUUUCUGUGUGUGUGUGUGUGUGAGUGAGCGAGUGUAUGUCAGUGAGUGUGUGUGUCUGCCAGUGUGUGUCUAUCAGUGAGUGACAUGAGGGGGCGGCAAAAUGGAUAUUUGCCUAGGGUGUCAGAAAUCCUUGCACCGGCCCUGAUUGCAGGAUAAAACUUACAAGGAAAGGUUAAAGGAUUUUAACAAGUAAAGCGUGGAGGAAAGACGAGACAGGGGGAUGAUAGAAACAUUUAAAUACAUAAAGGGCGUCAACACAGUAAAGGAGGGGACUAUAUUUAAAAGAAGAAAAACUACCACAAGAGGACAUAGUCUUAAUUAGAGGGGAAAAGGUUUAAAAAUAUUAUCAGGAAGUAUUAAUCUACUGAGAGGGUAGUGGAUGCAUGGAAUAGCCUUCCAGCUGAAGUGGUAGAGGUUAACACAGUAAAGGAGUUUAAGCAUGCGUGGAAUAGGCAUAAGGCUAUCCUAGCUAUAAGAUAAGACCAGGGACUAAUAAUGAAAGUAUUUAGAAAAUUGGGCAGACUAGAUGGGCCAAAUGAUUCUUAACCGCCGUCACAUUCUAUGUUUCUAUAAAUCUAUUUAGUCAAAUUGUCUGGAAUUUUCUUAAAUAAGCAAAGUUCAAAGACUAUUAUGGAAUCAUCGAUAGACUUAACUAAAUAAUGAAUGGAAUCCCAAAAAGAUAUUAAUAUGGGGCAUGACCACAACACAUAACACAAGGAGCCCAUCUGGCCACACAUCUUUAUGAUACUGGAAAUUAAUCUCAACAGCAAUUGAUUAAUAGAUGUGGAUAUUGCCAUUUUUUGACCUUGGAAGGAUAAAUGGAUGAGAGGAAAUUACCUCCGAUAAAACUUGUAACCUCAAUACUUCUAUGGAUGAAACAUUUACCAGCUGAGCUACGCACUUUAGACAUUCAAGUGAGAAGCUCCUAAGAUGUGUCUUGUUUUAGGUUAAGCUUAAUGUCUGUCUGACCCGCUUAAUAAAAUCUGCAAUUGUGUUGUGCUUCUAAUGCAACGUGUUAAUUAAUCUGCUAUCAUUUCCUCAUUCUUGUCAUAGUUCUAAUAAGGCUGAAGAAGGUAAACAAUAUUUGUGCAAGGAAAACUCAAUUUGUCCAGCCAAUAUGCCUCCCUGACCCAAGCAUUACUUUUGAAGAUGGUUAUGCCUGCGAUAUAGCUGGAUGGGGGCGCAUGAGUGAAGGUAAGUGUGUAUGAUGGAACAUAAAGAUCAUGAUACACAGGACUAUUGCUACACCUUUUACAUUUAUCUAUCCGAAUAAGUAUGCCCAUUUCCUGGAGGCUCUUAGUAGUGAAUUGAAUAAUCUUUUUCUCCUGCUCAAAUGAAAGAUAUUUUACUAUUAAUGGUGACUAUUAAAAUAUGUGUUAAAAGGCUCUUAAAUUUUUUGGGGGUGACUUUUAUUAGCUGCCCAUACACCCUCAAGUUAACCUUUUAAUAACUUUAAAAAUCCAAAAUAUAUGUGUUGUUAUGGUGGAGCGCUUAGUGGGUUAUCUUAAAUGUAAACUCACAAGAUGGCAGCCGUGGCAGCUGGGAAGAACUGCGGCCACUAAAUUACAAUAUAAAUAGGUUAAUUAAGACUGAUUGAGGAGUGUAGCACACUCAAGAGAGAAACCGGACAUUAAUGAUUAUCAUAUAAUAAAUAUGGGUUUCAAUAGGAAAACAUUCCAGGAGUAUCAUCACUGGCUGAGGAAGCCCCAAGGGUGAAACGCGUUUCGGAAGAUAAGCCCCUUUUGAUAUUAAUAAUUACCUUACCCAAUUGUUUUUACAUUGUUUUAUUAUUGUUUGCCAACUAAAGUUAUUUUUACAAAUUUACUUUUAACGUAUAUUGUUCAAACUAAAGCUGCAAGUAUCCACCAUACUGAGAAUCUCUCUGGUGAUUUUAAGGGGUGGCAUCGGCCCUAAAAGAGAUGCUGGUCCAGCAAAUAGAGUCUACAGAAAAAUUACCUUUUAAAUGUGUGGGAUAUAUUGUUUUAAAAAAAAUACUCUAUAUCCGUGUUCUUAUAUAUUACACUAUCUGUAAAUGUCCUUCUCUUACAUAAAACCAUCACAAUACAAGCAAGUAAAUUCACAAGGAAGGGAAAGGGGUCUACCUACAAAAGGCUAAAAUAUUGAGGCGUUUCCCCGACUCUACUAACAAUUAAGCAAGCUUCUCCUUAUUUAAAAUUCGUCAGCACUAUUAUUAUUCUCUAUAUUUUGUCCUUGAGAAUUUAUCCCCGCAUAUAAGAGUGAUUACAACAACCUGUACGUAUCCCAUAAAUUCGCUCCACCAUAACAACAUUUUACUGUUAAUGUGCACUUUGCUUUGAAAUGCUGCUUUGUUUGCCUAUUAGAAAUCCAUGUUUUCUUGUGCACGGUAGUGGUUAUGGUGACAGAGGUGCUGUGGCGCACCCUCAAUGUAUGUAGUCGCAUUGUUUUAGAAUGGUUUGACAUUUUAUCUGGGUUUUGCUGGGUUCUAGUCCAUGCCUCUCUAUGGACACCAGGACAGCAGAAUGCUCCACCUUGGAGCUUCCAUUAGCUCUCUGAAGCUAAGCCCCACACUGUACCGGUUAUGUGCUUGACUGUUCCUUUAAAAAUUACAGUUUAAUCACUACAAACAGAACUGUGGUGAAUUAAAACCAUAUUCCAGAAUUUAGACUAAAUAGUCUGCUAACAGUAACAGACUUGUUGCAUUUAAAAAAAACCAAAAAAAAAUAAACACUUUUCUGGUCAUAUGAGUUGUUUUUUUUUUUUUUUACAGAAACCUGAAAAUCAGUUAUUCAACACCAUGCCACUACUAAAAAAUAUUUACAUUAAAGAAAAUCUUAGUUUGGGGCAUGGGCAGCAGCACCUCACUCUUUGUGUGACUUACGUUUACAUUUCAGGGAUUGUGGCAGUCAUUCGUACAGCCACCAGAGACAAUUCCGCAGAAAUAGCCUAGUCAAACUCUGCUAUUUUAAUCAUUUCUUUCAGAUUCAACUGAUUAUUCACAUGUUCUUCAAGAAGUUUCAAUUCCACUUGUCCCUGAUAGCAAGUGCAGCAGCCCCGAGGUGUAUGGAUUUGAGGUCUCUGAAAACAUGUUUUGUGCUGGAUAUUUUGAAUGUUACAAAGAUGCAUGCCAGGUGAGUUAAUCAGAUUAUUGUAGAACAAUGGAUGUUGUUAUUUUUUUUAGAUGGAAUAAGGUGUUUUAAAGCUGUACAUACUAAGGCACCUCUCUUGGUCGUGCGUUUGUUAGUUAUCCACCUGUUAACUGCUUUAACAGGUGGAACAGCUGAUACAAUAUGAAUCAAAAGCAACUCCAGACUGGAGUGGUUUCUUAUUUUUAAACUAUUUUUAAAUGUGGGAGUACAUUUGUGUGCAGUAUUGGUGUUUUAGUGAAGGUGUGUAUUUGUAUGUAAUUUUGGAGUUUGAUUGCAGGGGUGUGUUUGCAUCUGUAUGUGGCAGUACAUCCCAGCAAUCAAACAUACUUACACAGAUAUAAAUUCACAUUAACACACACACAGAUACAAACAUAAAAAACACACAAACAUUCAGACACACACUGAAAUAUGCAGGUACACACAGCCUGACACAGAUACACACUGACACACACAUACCCUGGCACAGAUACACACACUGACAUUUAUACAUACCGUGAAACAGAUACACAUACAUGCAUCCUGACACACAAAUACACAGGCUGACAAAUAUACAUACUCUGAUUCAGAUACACACCUAGUCACAAGUAAACACACCCACUGAUACAUACACAAAUGUGUCAUAAUGUUUAUAUUUGCAGUCACCAUCCUGUUAGCAUACCUUUUGUGUGCAGGAGAGUAGCUGCUUGAGAUCCAGUUGCUGGCUCACUCCUUCCUUCUCCCCACGCAUGUGAUUCCUAUCAGUCCUGCGCAGGCUCUCCACUGCUAGCUGUGAGGAUGUGAUCUGUACUCACUUCCUCCUGGCAUUACCAAUCAUACAGGGAUCAUACCGGUGCCUACAGUGUUCAUUUAGGGCCAAAAUAGCCAAACUGAAAACAUAAUUGGCUUGGACAUUUUCUCUAAUUUAGCUUGUUUGUCCUAUAUUUUGAAAUUCACUUGUAGUUCAUUUUUAAUUCCCGCCAAGUCUUACCUUAGUGAAUAAACUUGUAAAUGGUGGCAAUUGUAGAUUAUACUAGCUUUAGUGUAACUAUAAUCUUAAUUGUAUUAAUGACAGGAGGCGAAUAUUUGCUUAAGUCUCUCUUUACUAGAACUCCACAGCAGCACAUUAACAUAGAGAUAAACAACCAGAAAAAAGUAAUGAAACCAUAAAAGGCCCCUCCCAACCAACUAUUUCCUCUUUCAAGCUGCGACCAAAAAAAAGGACAUAAACAAAAAAACUCAAAAGUAGCAUUCCAAGAACUCAAACGAAUUCAGCUGAUGACUGCCAUCCAACUCAAAACGAACAUGGAACAGUAUAGGAACCUUGAACUUUAUCCUGAAGAAAACUUAAACCUGGAUCCGUAAACGAACCAUUAAACUGAAACGAGAUAAACAGAGUCAAAAACACCGAUUAGUGAAUGAAAUGUACUGUGAAAGCACGAAUACCCAUCAAUUACAGACAGUACAACAUUGAAUUAAACGUACUGUGAAAACAUGAAUACCCAUAAUCAAUAACAGUACAAUAUUACCAAAAACAUACCAUGACUUCCCUCAGGAAGGCAAAAAAUUGACCUACCUAAACACAGACCUGGAAACAGACUAUCAACUAGAGGAGGUCAAUUAAACAAACAAGGGUGAACACUGGGAGGGAAAUAUUCGCCUCCUGUCAUUAAUAAAAUUAAGAUUAUAGUUACACUAAAGCUAGUAUAAUCUACAGUUUUAUAACAUGACAGGAUACUUCAUAUUUGCUGUUUUAAGGCUCAGACAGCAAAACCAAAGAACACAAUCCGCCGUACUAACCUAAACUUUUGUGAAGAUAACUCCUUGGAACCAACAGGAAGGUGUGCGAUGUCUUGGAGAGAUGCGCCCACCAUGUCGGCACCUGAUGUCGCCGUGUCUCUAACUGAAGUGAACCGAAAGACAUAUACGCCCCGCCAAUGUCAACAACCAAAGAACCCUCAUGCCAAAGAAGGGAACGAGACUGUAACGUGAGCUCUGACACAAAACAACACCUGAGCGAGACGCGAAGGGCGAAAAAAGAAAGAAUCGUCCAAACAAAACGGAAUCGUCGUACGCAGCAUAAAGGUGGGGUGCGCAACCAAGAUAAGAAUAUAACCAUUGGGUCCGGCUAGAGCAUAUAGACACCCGGCCAGUGACCUUAUCCGCAGAGAAAGAAAGCAGGGCUUCGAUAACUAAGGCCCGAACAUCCAAAACCCAUCCGAACGAAAAAAAAAGACAUAAUAAAAGGAAAAUUAAUUCAAAGUCGAUGAAUGGGAAAAAAACAGACAAAAAAACGCGUGUACCCCCUGGGGGAUUAAUACCCGUCCUCAGGAAUCGCAAAAGACUCAUACCCCUACAACCCGCAAGUCCUGCUCAAAGGGGAAAUUCUAAGUAGUGUGUGGACCGUCAAAAAACGUCAUUUGAGCUACCAAAUCUAAAUGAUACGACAGUCCCCGGUCAACAGAUGUGACAAAAAAUUCUCGAACACUGUAACAGGGUCCGCAAAAGGAUCGGUAAUCCGUUCCAGGCCCAACUACACCAGGGUCGCCAUGCAGACAAACGUCUUCCAGACCCCGUGGUCCAGAUGGGACAGGUCCAGGGCAACCAGGAAACUAGGUUCGACUCUGCCAUAGCGGAGACCGUAAUACCAAAGUACCAGCAGACAGAGAAAACCUGCAGUAAGGCCCUGGGACCAAAACAAAGGGAGGAAACUCGUCAGCGUCUCCGUGACGAACACCCCUGGCGGGAAGCGUCCAUCACUGAGCGAACUGAUCCGUUAGCCAGCUGAAGCUGGUUGGGACCUGAUAGGUCAUCCACAGGUGGGCUCCUCCCAGGCGCAUGAAGCCAUGCACCUCCGCUGCCUAGCUCAUCCGGAGGAGGAUGCAGCGAUCGGAAAUGCCAAAAUCCGACUCACGAAGGAUCCCGCAAGCCAUUCCAGUCAGAUGAUGUUGAAUUCCAAACCAUCUCCAGCUAGGGAAUUACUCAGACGCCGAAAGGCCUGUGAGGAAGAAGUGAAUAUUCAGGCGCUGUGUGGCCCUGUAGCGAAACUGUCCGGGUAUGUCCCAUAAUCGGUACGGAGAGGAGGUCCACCAUACGUGUUCAACCUCCUCCGUGGACUCCGGUCUUAACGCCGAGUCCUCCACGAUAGCCUUUCCCAACGUUUGAGGUCGUGGCAGGGGAACGCGUAGGAGGCACCCCCUUGCGUCCAAUCCGACCUCCCGAACUCUACUCCUUGUGAUGUAGAGGGGGUCGAUUUCCCCUGGAUGAACACGAAAUCCAGGGACUCGAACAAGGGAAACGGAGAGUGCGCCUGACGUUUCGGCCUGGGAGGCACCUCACAGAGGGUGCAGCAGCCCGUUCAGGUAGAACGUACAGUGAAACAUCCUAUAUCAGAGAAGCGCCGUGACCGGGUCCAAACGCGUGGAAAAACAAACAAGGUAUCUUCAGAUAACUCUGGUGUUCCUGAAUGCCCUAAAUUUCUCCAACCCGACGUCCAGGGCUGCAUUAUCACCCAAAUGAAUGGUGCACCAGAUACUUAUCUCACCAGGUAGAAAGGUUGAGCCCACCUCACCAGGGAUGGACCCUGCGGUCCUCAGAAAUUCCUUGAGGACCGUGUAUAAUUCCGUGCAUCUAACGGGUUUACGUACAUGAGUAAUACCGUGAGGGAACUCCAAAGGGCUCAGAUCCCUUUAUCUUAAGUCCAAUAGCCUGGGGUACAUGUGUACGAGGGCUGUGGCGUCGUGUAAAUAAAGCCAAACCAGCAAAUAGAGCGUCCUGCCUAGUCCCCAUAUGAAACUGGGACUUGGGACUCACCCUGAGAGUAACUUCGUUCUCUAUCCUAAGCCUUCCAGGCAUGGUCCAGUACAUCCAUCAGUCAAAAAUUGUGCUAAGACAGGGCAGCCUGCAACCCCCCGUCUCGGGAUCCCGUCUGGUAGUUGGUCUCAAAAACAGACAUAAAAGGACAAACACGUGAAUAUAGUUAUUAGGGCAUAAUCCUUAGGGGGUAUAGUUGAAAAAGGAUGUAAGUUACAUGUAUUACCGACGAAAUGAAGUAUAUAUGACAGAAAUUAAAAGAUGAAAUGUGAAAUCAAAUCAAGGUACAAAAUGUAGAAAAGGUACAAGAGUGGCACUGUAAAGCUAGGGGUAGCAUCUCAUCAGUAUAGCUAGAGUAUACCGGAGCAUGAAUCCCCUGUAGCGUUGCUCGGCCACCAGGGGAUUCCCCACAAGCUCGGAUACUCUGUGACCUGGGAGAAACAGAAUUCCCCCCUCCCCUGGCACGGGAAACCCCAAACCCCCGACUGGAGCAGGAGCACCUAGGGAGGAAGGGAAGUGUCGUCCCCACGUGGCAGUCCCCAGCUCCUCUCUCCCCCACCGCCCGCGGGUCGCAAGGCCAAAAGAUUGAUUUCCCGUGGCCCAGUGGUGGUGGGGGGGGGGAGGGGAUACCCAAGGGGGACCGGUAAACAAUUGCAGCAUGCAAGAAACGUACGGAUGAAACCAGGCAGGAAGGCUGAACUUGAUGGACGCAAGUCUCUUUUCACCUAUGUAACUAUGUAACCCGUACGUAGCCCUGAAAGUGGAAUCCCACCAGAAUCGUAUGAAGAGGGAAAAUAACAAACAUGCGUUGGAUCCGAGCAGCGGCGCGAUACCAACUGCCGUGGGACCCACCACGUGGGGCUGCUGGAGACUGUGACAAACUACCCUUUGCCACUGACUUUUGGAGAGGCCUGCUUGCCAGCCUCUUGCCCUGUGACUAUGGUCCUUGCGGUGUAUUGCCAUUUAAAAAGACUAUUUGGGCUUAUUGGCUUUUAAAAGACUGUUUAUGCCUCUUUGAUUCCAUGGGAGAAUGUGCCUCUUCCCCUCCCCCUUUAAUACCUAUAGCAUUGUUGUCCCAGGGACACUGCCAGACCAGUUUAAACUGGCUGCUUUGUCCCUCCUCAAUUUCUCAUCAGCCCUUGCAAAACUUUAACCCCAUGGCAAAUUUACUCUGUUCAUUUAUCUGAGCGCUGUUCACCUAUAUUGGGCGCUCAGAUCCGAGCUAUCUGGGGAUAGGUUAAAUGUGGGGGUUCUGUGUAACAUAAUAGGAAUUAUGUAUUUUUAUGUAUUUUACUGUUAGUGUAAAAUGGAGAUAUUUUCUGUACCUGGAGAUAAUUGAGUUUACGGCAGUUCCUUAAGCCAAUUAUCGCCAGGAUAGAGGGGAGGGAUUUUACCAUGUAUGUUGGAAUGUUAUUUUGUUAAUUAGUGUUCCCAUUGGUUUGUGUCCCUUUUGUCACAGUUUACCACCAGGUCCAGUGGGAGUGCUUCUGGUCUGAAAACCUGUAUAAAAGAAAGUCCUUUAGUGUGCAUUAAACAGACCUGCUUACCCCUUCAUGAAGUCUUGGCUCAUGUUUGGGGGAUUGGAGAAUUGCCUACACUCUGGGGAUUGCUAUAUCACAAUACUCCCCAGAGUAAGCUCUUGUAAGAGCUUGUUCUUGUUCCUGGUUCCUGCUCUCUGGAUUUAGGAGAGGUUCACCCACUGGAAGCUGAAGCCCGGUCUUGGGUCCAGAGUGGGUGGAGGACGGCGAGACCCCAACCAAGCUGCGGCUGUUCGUGGGGUCUGCAGUGGUUAUGGUGUCUGGUGGAGUGCUUGAAGCCCUCGGUGAGCACUAGGAGCAUCUGUCAGUGGAAGGUACCCAGUUGAGGUGCCAGGCGUUCCGUUACAGAGACGUUCUCCGCGGCCCUGGUGAGUGGUCGAUCGAGGGAGGCGGCUAAAUGGCCGUCUCCCACAGAUGGGCUCAAGGAGGGAAGAAAAGGGAUAGAGCCCGGUAACAACCAGGCAGAGAAAGAAAGAGAGGAAAAAUAAAAGAUAUAUACAUAUUGUGACAAACUUACUUUCCUGUGUAUGUUUGUCCAGGAUCUUUUGGCAACUGCACAGCCCUCUAGGGUAAGAAAACCAGGUCAAGACAAAGUCCAGUUUCAAAAAGGCCUCUGGCCUGUUUAUUUUCUGUUGUUGUGAAGUAACAGGAUACAAUGAACAGCAAAUCUUCUUUCUCCACAAAACACCUUCUUUCUCCUCCAAAACACUUCCCUCACUUCACCCUGCUUUAACUGCAGUUAUAUAGCUGCUCACAGCCCCUACAGGUGAGGCUAAUGACCUCGUUAGGCAGUGAGCCAGAACUCUAUGGAAAACCUGGGCUGGUCUCAUGCACAACCACUCUGACAGUGGGUGGAGAAUCGGCCCACCCUGCUCUUCCGAAUACUCCACCCCAGGGACCCAAAUAACAACAGAGGAAAAAAAACUACAUUUAAACUUAACUUUCCCUGGGGCUGCAUGUGCUUACCCACAUGUCAGGAUAGUGGCUGUGCAAAACUCUGGGUGCCAGAUAUACACCCCUGACCACCAUCCCCAACACUCUGUUACAAUAUGCAAACAAACUAAAGGGACAAUAUCUAGACACCAGAAAUAAAAUAUCUGUACUCCAUACAAAGGACUAUGCACAUAAAAUUAAACACCCCAUAUACACUAAAUCUCCCCCAAUAUAUACACAAAAGGCAUAUAUAUAAACACAAAAUACAGUAAAAACCAAAUCUCACAACCCCCAUAAGAACAGGAGGCAGUGGUACUCUGACCUGUGAUUGUUGCGGAGCAGCAAAGAAAGAGGAAAUGGUUGGUUGGGGGGGCCUUUAAGGUUACAUUACUUUUUUCUGAUUGGUUGUUUUUCUCUCUAUGUUAAUGUGCUGCUGUGGAGUUCUAGUAAAGAGAGACUUAAGCAAAUAUGAAGCCUCCUGUCAUGUUAUAAAAUUGUAGGAUGACAUUUUGAAUAUAUUACCAGCAAUUGCAUGUCAGAGACUUUGUGAAUAAACCCAAUAGCCAUUUUAGAGUUAAAUUAAGUAUACUGUGUUCUUGCUUCUAUUUGAGAUUAGCCUAAAUGUAAAGAAAUUGAAUAUGCAAAGGCUCAUGUGCAAUAACUCUAUGGUCCAUGACAUGGAUUUACUGAGUAUCCAGAUAUUUUUGUGUAAUUCAGUUGUUCUUUAAUUUGCUUGGAAAUGGAAACUUAAAGAAACACUCUGGGCAUCAUAACAACCACACACAUUUCUCACACAUGACAUUUGCACUGUCGUUGUUCGGCAUGUGCUAUAAACUUUAACUUUAAUAAUACACGGACACGUUUAAUACUGUUGGAGUAUAACGUCCACAGCUUUAUUAAUAUGAAUAAAUUAACAUAUUUAGGGUCAUUGUCAUAAAUGACAUUAUUUAUCAUCCCCCCGCACAAUCCCCUGACAAUGACCCUACCACAUGAACAAUAAUUAACAUCAAUUACCAAUAAACUUGUAAACAUCCGGCCUACCAACGAGGCCCCAUAUCAUAAUGAUAACUGUAGGGGUGUACCCAGACACCCCUACACCCCCAGGUUCGUCGCCACCGAAGAGCUAGAACCUACCAACCAUGACACCGUCUGGCCUACUUCAGCCUAGGCCCUGGCCUGUACAGUUCCAAUUCCUGAUAACUUCCAACUUAACCACGCCCUGUUCCGCCACAGCACUUGUCUUGACCCCUUAAGACCAUGUGCGACCCCCACCACACUGAAACAGGGCUCGGGCUAUGCCCUCCUGGAACCCCAAGUUCAGCAAGUCACACCCCACCUCUGACAGGUGUACUCCAUCCCUCCUAUAAUAACCUGGCAACAUGCCCUCCAGUUCCCGAUGCCUCACCACUACUCCCCCCAUCCGCUUAACAAAUACUGCCAUAGCUCUAUUAACCUUCCCCCUGCAUCGUGCCACCGCAGCAGGGUCCCUGGCGUGCCGCCAUGUAAACCGAGGCACCAUCUCGGACCACACCACCACCACGUCAGGGACCAGCUCCCGUAGCCGAUCCAUGUCCCUCUUCAUUCGCCGCAACAGUUCCCGUUGCGGAAUCAGCCCUAGGUCAUUCCCCCCACCGUGCACCACUACAACAUCCGGAACCGGACCCUUUGACACUUUUGUAAAUAGAACAUUACUCAAGCUCUGCCAACUAAAACCUCGAAAACCAAACCAGGAUAAGACCGCCCGUUCCAGAGGAAAGCCCAGUUGUGUUCCUUGUCUCCGAACUGCGGCCCUUUUCUGUGCCCAAUAUACGAACGAGUGUCCCAGCAACCAAACAUUCCAACCUGGAAAGAGACAAAAUUAAUUACACCGCAGUGCCAGUGUCCCCCAGUCCCGGCCAUUUAACCCCUCAAAGCUCCACCAUCCCGUCAGGCCUCACAUACGAGCGAAACCGCACGGAUUCCCACCGUCCAAUCCUCUUGAUCCGUUCGUCACCCAAACCCAAGCGUGCCGCCUCUGUAGCCGCACCAAUACGGAAUGAAUGCGACCCGAAUUGCGUGGGCUGCAGGCCCAGCUUCACUAAGCCCAAACGAAAAAUCCUAAUGAAUUGAAACCGUGACAGCGCCGUGCCGUCAGCGUGCAGGAAAAAACAACCGCUAAUGUUAGGACGGAUCCCCAGGUACCCUGAUCCGCAGGCCACCGGGCACAACCCUGACCCCGGCAACUCGAAUAGCACCACGGAGCAGCCUUUGCCGAAAACAUCAGUUUUCGAUCGGCCCAACCUAAUCUGCACGCGAUCACUCUUAACUUCCACAUCCUCGCGCUGCAAGCCACCAACUCCCACUUUGUUUGCGCUAACCAGCUCCCUGAUCCGAAACGCCCCGAAAAACGCCCAGACAAACGCACCAGAAAAAAGGACCACCUCAAAUGGCGAGGAACAUAACUCCGGUAACUUUCCCACCAAACCUUGUAAGACCGCAAAAGACACCGGUCUCCUAAUGUCCGUCGACGUCUUCCCCCUCCGUAAACCCCGAACCGCCUGCCGAACCAAGAAAUGCUUUGUCAAAUCUUCCCACCCUUGGAAUUUAAACCAGAAAGCCAAGGCGGACAUAUGCCUGUCCACCAUGGCCGGCGAAGCCCCCUUUGCAAACAACCGGCACAACAACCAUAGGAAGACAUCCAGCCUAUGGCCCUCCGAAAGGUCCCCACCUACCUCCUCAACCGUUUCCUCCCAUUCCUUCCAAACCUUAGCAUAAGAUGACCACGUGCUCGGUGCCAAGGAUUUCUUUAUGUAUUCCCCAAGCACGAUGUCCCGAGUCGCCACAUCUCGUCUGGGCAGGCCUGCCCGCAUUCCCGUGCCUCUGGAGCCGCUUCCCGAAAACGAUCCCACUGAAAACGAGAAAGCGCAUCAGCCACCACAUUUGAGAAUCCCGGAAUGUGCCUAGCCCUGAAUACUAAAUUGGAAGACAUGCAGAGGAGCACCAAAUGCCGCAGUAGGCAUAAGACCGGAAGCGAAGAUGCCGACAAACUGUUGAUUGCCUGCACCACGGCCAUAUUGUCCGAAUAAAACACGACUCGUUUGUUUGCUAAUUCAGCUCCCCACAAUGCUACCGCAACCACUACAGGGAAGAGUUCCAAAAAUGCCAGAUUCUUGAUCAAUGGGCUCGCCCUCCAUGCCUCGGGCCAUGCCUCGGCACACCACCGUCCCGCAAAAUAAGCCCCGAACCCCACGCUGCCCGAAGCGUCCGUAAACAGCCCCACUGCUUCCGAAGACACCACUUGCUCCCGAAAAAAGGCCUUGCCAUUGAAGUCCCUCAAAAAACGAUCCCACACCUCUAAGUCCGCCUUCAUGUCCGCGGAAACCCUGAUAUAGUGUGACGGCAUCCGUAUCCCGCUUGUCGCCCGCGCCAAUCGUCUACAGAAAACCCUCCCCAUGGGUAUGACCCUGCACGCAAAGUUCAGGCUCCCUACCAGAGACUGUAAUCCCCUCAGCGUCACCUUCCGUGCUCUCCCAAUUGUGUGCACCAAAUCUUUCAGUUUGUGCAACUUGUCCUGUGGUAAUCUACAUUCCCCGAUCUCCGAAUCGAUCUCCAAACCCAGAAAACUAAGACACGUGGCGGGUCCCACGGUCUUGUCCUCCGCCAAAGGAACCCCCAUCGUCUGCGCUACCCAUUGGAACACCCGUAGUAUCUGCUUGCACCGGUCUGAGCCUCGAGGGCCGACACAUAAGAAGUCGUCCAGGUAGUGCACAACCGUGCCCCCGGCCGAUUCCCGUCGCACUACCCAUUCCAGAAAAGUGCUAAACUUCUCGAAAUAGGCGCACGAGAUGGAACAACCCAUCGGCAAGCACAGAUCCACAAAGAAGCCCCCUUCAAAACAACACCCCAAGAGGUGAUGACAUGACGGGUGUAUGGGAAGCAGCCGAAACGCUGCCUCCACGUCCACCUUCGCCAUCAGCGCUCCCCGCCCAGCUCUCCGUACCAACUCGACUGCCUUGUCGAAUGAUGUGUAAGAUACUGAACAGAGUGCUGCGUCGAUGUCAUCAUUCACCGAUGACCCUUUAGGAUACGAUAAGUGAUGAAUCAACCUGAAUUUGCCAGCCUCUUUUUUGGGGACCACUCCAAGUGGGGAUAUCCGCAACUCCGCUAUAGGAGGAUACGGGAACGGCCCGCCAUCCUCCCCAAAAGGACCUCUUUGGCCAGCUUUUCCCGCACUACCUCCGGGCGUUCCCGCACCGAUUUAAGAUUGGCACAAACCGCCCCUGGUUCCUUAACCGUGAAGGGGAUCAUGAAGCCCUCCCUAAAACCCCGCCACAGGAACGCUGCAUCCUCCUGGUUAGCGUAUUGCCUUAGCCAAGGCAACAUCGUGCCUAACCUCACUGGGGACGCCCCCAGUUGCAGCCGAGGUGGCUGCCACCCCUGCGGUUCCACCCCCUGCAUUGAGCUUACCUUUCUUGAAGCAUCCCUCCGCAGCCCGAACACUCGUGCCUAAAUCGGCAUGAAGUACCCCACUUGCAUUGACCCUCGUUGUAUGUCCAGCACAGGCCCUUCUUUUGUCCCGCUGGCACAGCCACGCCUGAGGCUGUCCCAGCUGCCCCGAGAAAGGGCGCAGCCUUCUGCGCCAUCAUAAUCCUCAUCCAUAGCGGCAGGUCCAUUUGGUCCCACCGCAUGGUAGGGUUGGCCGCCAAGCGUUGCCGAAACUGCUCAUCAUAUUUCCACCACGCUAGGCCCCCAUACGUCCGAUACGCAUCGCCUAUCCCAUCCAAGUAGCAGAACAGUUGCGAACAGCUCCCUGGCCUUUUUUCCCCUAUCACACUAGCCAGGAUGCAGAAGGCCCUCAGCCAAUUCCCAAAAGUCUUCGGUAUCUUGCGAUACCUCCGCCUUUUUUCUUCUUCCUCCUUCUUGGCUUCCUUCUUAUCCUCCUCCUUCAAGUCUAGGAAUUCCUCCAAAGGGAGCAAGGAAAAAAUUUCCAUGAACUCCCCCUUCCAAAUCUUUUCUUUGACCUCUAAUUUCAGGUGACAACCUAGGGGGCCCGCAAAAGAUACGUGUACGUUUUGACGUGCCGCGUCCGAAAUGUCGCCACAACCGACCGCCGACUCAGCCCCCCCAUCCGCCGCACCGGACGCCACUACCGCUUCGCUUGCCUCGCCACCGCUCGCCGGUUGGACCCCCGCCCCUAUUGCCUUAACCGCCGUGUCAGGGGACCAUACCUUUCCGAACUGCAAUGGUGAUUCCCCCUUCCCUGACCAUGCCUCCAAUAGUGUUUUUAAAUAGCCCAAUAACUGUCCGGAGUGUUGUGCAGAUAUGGACUCACCGUUGGAGACCCCGGCCGUGCCAGGCCCCGGGGUUGCCGACCUUCCGUCCACCCGUUCAGGCUCCGGAGCAUCCGGUUGACGCCGACUCCCAUCCGCCUGAUCCCUCCUCAGGACCGUAGGGGUAGCGCUCCGCGACCUGUAAGGAGAAGACAACCUGGGUAGUCUGUACUGCUGGGCCCCUACCCGUCCUUCCUCCCUACGCUCUUCUCCGCAAUUCCAAGCUUCGCACCGCCUUGCCGGCCUAACUUCCCUGCUCCUGGGGGCCCGCUGCUGUCCUAGCGCACUGUCACCCGAGGACCCAGAUGCGCUGCGCCGCCUCCGCCCCCGCCCGUCCUUGGAAGCGGACCUCCUUCUCCCCGCCCUGCAGCUGGUCCUGGAACCACUGCGCCUGCUAUGCGAUGGACUCCUGUCCCUGCUCCACUGCCGAUCAGCUGACCUCCUGCUGCUGCCGGGCCUGGCGCUACCGCUGCGCCGCUCCCGUCUGUACUCCUCCCGCUCCCUGGUUCCGCUGCGGUGCCCCCCGUGAGAGCAGCCUGAGGGGCCCAACCUUCCACUGCUACUGCUCCUGACUUCCCUAUCCCGCGCUGUACUGCGUGUGUCCCCCUUCUCCGCUGUACCUGGCCAUCUGUUGGCCGCUGCGCCUGGCUCAGAUGCCCCUUGCACCCCCUGGCAGCCCGCUGGAACCUCUGCCGCUCCCUGUCCGAUCCUGUCGUCUUCCUUCCUCCCUAUGCCUGGCACUGUCGCCCGUCCCGGCCACACCUAAGGCCGCCCGCGAGCUGGUCCCGCUGACCAGGCCACCCCUGGGUUGCUGGGGGGACGCCUGCGCCGGAACAUCCCGCGUCCCGCCCGCCCCCUGCCCCUCAGUGACCAGAGUGGACUCACCGGGACGCCUCACUGAAGUGCUGCCGACAGCGUGUUCCUCCGCUCUCCCGGCCGCCAUUCCCGCCGUGCUGGAGCCCUCCUCUUGGGUACCUGUGCUGCCUGCCGCCAUCUUGGGUGGGGCGCGUUUACCAGCAGGCCCGCGCUUUGCGGCCGUCCUCGCCUGACCGGCACUGCGUCGCACAGGCGGCGCCGGCCGCUUCCCGGUGCUGUCCGACCCUCUUGCCUCCUGGCUGGGUGCCGACGGGCUCCUCCGCCGCCGUGGAGCGGGCGCCAUGCCCGGACUCAAGCGCUGGGGCGGCCGUGCUCUUCGCGCUGUCCUGCGCUCCGCUGGUGCUGGAGGGGGAACUGCAGCCCCCAGUUGUUCAUGCAGCCAGGCCAGCCCUCGGUCCUUCACUGCUGCUCUCACUCCGGCCAGGAUCUCAUCUAGGGACGCCAUGGACCUGCAGCAAAAGAAAAAAGAAAAACCCCACAGACCUGACACAACUAACAGGUAAGUGAAGUUCUGAUUAAAAUGGCCACUCUCUAAGAUGGCCGUUAUUUUAACCCCCUUUAAUCCCGCCCCCAAGCUCCAUUAGCUUAAGCCAACCCCUAACUGAAUGCACCUGCCCACUCCUGGCUCUGUCAAGGCCCACUCCCCUUACUUCGUUGCUCCAUGGGCUUCAGUUUUCUUAUUGGUAAGAGUGUAAUAGGCUAAGAGUAUCAGCUGACAUUGUCAGCCUAUAAUUGAUGGCCAAUCCGAGGCUUUAUAAUUGAUGUUGGGGCCAUGGAUGGGGAUUAGUAACUGUCUACACAACUUUGGGAUAUAACUAUUAAACUAACGGAACUAUUUUACUAAAUGAACCCCUUAGGGUUAGACAGAGCAUCCAGGCACCAUAACAGCUUCAUUAGGAUUAAGUUGUCAUGGUGUCCAAAGCAGUGUUAAUUUUGUUGACUAACAGAUUUAGUCAAAUUUUAGUCGACUAAAACUUUUGAGGUUUAGUCGACUAAAACUAGACUAAAACUAAAACAAUUCAGAAGACCAAAAAAAAAACGACUAAAACUAAAAUGGCUUAUUUGUCAAAAGACUAUGACUAAAACUAAAUCGCAAUUUGCUGACAAAAUUAACACUGGAUCGAAUUGUUCCUUUAAGUCUAUGAAACAAUUGCUCUAAGAUCAUUCAUUUGCUUUAAUUUUAAAGUAGCACUUAUUCUCACAGUCUUAAUUUUCUGUUGAUGUUUUUUCUGUUUAUUAUUAUUUUUUUUAAAGGGUGAUUCCGGUGGAGGUUUGACUUGUGAAAGGGAUAAAAUAUCCUAUCUCUAUGGAAUCAUCAGCUGGGGAGAUGGAUGUGGCAGAACUAACAAGCCUGGAGUUUACACAAGAGUAUCUAACUACGUUGACUGGAUUAAACAGAAAACAAAUACAAAGAAAUAA